GCGCAGUGGGGAGGGGGGGAAACGAAUCCGUUGGGGGAGGGCGGCAGUGGGCUUCCUGCGCUGUGGUGUUUUUUCCCCCCUCAGACGAACAGGGCCGCGAAGGGGAAGAGGGCGCCGCCGUCGCCGUCGUGGUGCUGCUGCUGCUGCUGAAGCGGCGGCAGCCGGAGCAAGGCCUGCUCCCCGCUUUCCUCCCCGUGUGGCGCGGCUCUUAGGCCCGGGAGGACGGACUCCCCCCUCGCCCUCUCCCCCCCUCUCCGCCCUGUGCGGCGGCGGCGGCGGCGGGGAGGAGGAGCAGGUCGGGGGCGGAGGAAGCAGGUGAGUCGUUUGGGCCGUGGGGGGGGGAGGGGAGGGCCAGUUAUUUCACCCUCAUUUUUAUAUUUUGUAGGCCUGAGGUAACUCAGUUGGUAGAGCAGGAGACUCUUAAUCUCGAGGGUUCGAGACCCAUAUGGGGCAAAAGGUUCCUGGUUGGUCCCUUCCAACUCUUAUGAAGGAGCAGCAGUAAUCAUCCCCGCCCAGCAGUUAUCCCGUCCACUUCUAUUUACAGUGGUACCUCCGGUUACUGAUGCUUCCGGUUACGCAGUUUCGGGUUGUGCACCACACCAAACCCAGAAGUACCGGAACGGGUUGCUUCCGGGUUUCGGCGCUCGCGCAUGCGUAGAAUCGCACUUUGCGCAUGCGCAGAAGUGCCAAAUCGUGACCCGUGCGCGCCCAGAUGCAGCACUGCAGGUUGCGAACAGUGCGGGUUGUGAAUGUGCUUCCCGCACGGAUCGUGUUCGCAGCCCGAGGUUCCACUGUACGGUGGUACCUUGGGAUGCGAACGGGAUCCGUUCCGGAGCCCCGUUCGCAUCCUGAACAGAACGUAAGAUGCGCGUGCAUGGCGUCAUUUUGACCCUAUGCGCAAGCGGCAAAACCCGAAAGUAAUGCGCUCCAUUACUUCUGGGUCGCCGCGGAGCCCAACCCUAAAAUACUUAUCCUGAAGCAUAUGUAUCCCAAGGUAUGACUGUAUUCACUUAUUUUAGCCAAUUUUACACAUCCCGCCUUGGGGAGGCAGCAAGCAGCGUUUGAAAUUCCCCAGGCACAUUUUGCACCUUGCGACCAAGUGAAGAUGCCUGUGGGUGCCAGGAUCGCACCUGGCGUCUUCCCCUGUCUGGAGGUGUGGGGUGCCUGGGGAUCCUUGGAUCUUGACUGUUUUCACACACUUAGCAACACAUCCUGUAGACAGUGUUCCCCAACCGUGGGCCUCUAGCUGUUUUUGGACUACAAUUCCCAUCAUCCUUGACCACUGGUCUUGCUAGCGAGGGAUGAUGGGAGUUGUAGUCCAAAAACAGCUGGAGGCCCAAGGUUUGGGGAACACUGCGUGUAGAAUACUGUUUGACCUGCACAAUCAAUGAAUUUCAGGAACCAAAAAGUCAUAUGGAAAAAUACGACUUUCGGGCCAUCUGGCCUCCCAAGUAACAACUAGGCUUCCCAUUUUGGCGACUGUAACCCUGGCUUAAGGAGUCAUUUGGCAUCCAGUCUAAAUAUCUGAGUUUCUAACACUGGUGGCAAAGCACCAGUAUAGGAUCUUGCUGUGAGUUGACAAGGAAAUAGCAGCCAAGUGAGGUGACAAAUAAUGCCGACUCCUCUUCAACAUGAGGACAGGGGCUGUUUUGACCUUGAAUAAGCCCACAGGACAAGUGGUGAAGAUGGAAGCAAAAGACAAGAGUGGGAAAGAAGUCUUGGGUGUUAAUUGAGAAGCAGGUGACUGCUGUGAUGGACACUGACUGCUGUGAAAAUUGCAGCAUAUAUGGGUGUUUGCAUGAAACUAAUAAUCAGCUGAAGUUCUAGCAAUGGAAAAAGGAGGGACAAGAUUGAAAAUCACUUUCAAUACUAUUGUACGUUAAAGUACAUUAAGAAAUCUUUUGUUGCCAUAAGUGUAGUAUGAGAUAGUAUUGGGAGUGGUCUGUGCAGGCUACAGUGGUUAUGAAAGCACUUAUGUUCUGAACAUUUCAUCCAGAAUGCCACAAGUUGUUGAGAGAUGGGAUAUAAACCCCUAAAUUAAAUAACUUCUCUGAAGUCCUCACACCAUGAGUGUGCAGAGUUUAUUCACUGCAAACAAUUUUUUUAAAAGUUCAGUUGUGUUCUAGAAUUUGGUACCCUGCAUCACAUGAUGCUUAGUGAUGGGUAUAUGUUUGUUUUUGCAAAUAUAUUGGGUGGGAAUUAAGAUAAACUUGUACUCUGAAUCUGGUGAUGGGCAGGCAGGUAAAAAACUGUGUGGAAAACUGAAUGCUGAAGUAGAUCUUUGAACCCAGAGGCAUGGGUUCCUUUGCCUCCCUGAACCCAAUAAACCUACUGGAUUCAGUAGGUUUUUCUGUGCAGCAUUGCAUCUCUGACAGUGGCCAGCUAGGUCACAGAAUAUGAAGGAAACAGUUUUCCUCAUUUAAUUUUGCACUCUGUAAUCUGUUUUCAUGGAUUUAUGGCACAGCAUUAUUUAGAAGAGGGUUAGAAUAGCAGGGGUGUGGAACCUUUGGCCUGUAGGCCAGUCUUGGCCCGCCAUUCUCCUUCCACCACACUCCAAGGGCCUACUUUGACAGGCAGGUGAGUCACAUUCUGUCAGGUGGUGGUCAUGCCCUCUUAUGAAAGUUGCCCCACAGGGGUGUGGGGAGGUAAAAAUCUGGCACUCUGGGCCAAAAGAUCCCGUACUCCAAAAUAUAUACCAUCAAUUUCAGCAUUGAAUCCACUGAGAGGUUCGUUCGCUGGAACACAUUAGCAGGACACUGACAGAUCUAAACCAAAUGAACUUGAAAGGAAGCCCCACUGUUUUCAGUGGGACUGUUUUCUGAGUAUGCAUAUUUGGGAAAACACGUGAUGCUGUUUUUAUGAAAAGGUUUAUCUACCACUAUUCUUCCACCAUAGCUAUAGUGGCAUUCAUCUCCUCUGAGUAAAGAUAUAUUGCUAGGACUACUAAAUCAGUUCUGACAUAUUUUCAAGUCGGUGUGCACAGAACUGUAACAUUAGUUUUGUGAUCAAAUAGUACUUAUUUUUAGCUUUGUAGACUAAGCAGUGGUAAAAAGUUAAAUGUAAUGUUUGCUCGUUACCCUCUGAUUUCCUUGUUUUUGAAUGCUCAGAUGCAAAGGAGGAUAGCAGGGAUUCCAUGCCUUUUAAUAUUUAUAUAGAAAAUGAAAUUUUGUCAGAUAUAAUGUUUUUUAUUUUGGUGUGGGAAGCUGAAAUUCCCUUCUUUCUUUCGAUCUGAUCACUUUAUCAGAAAGAUUUAGAACUGUGUAGCACAAGCUAGUACAUGUUUUCUUGAAAUCAAGUCUCACUGUGUUAAGUGAGGUUUACUCCAGGUAAGUGUAUGGAACUGCAGUUUUGUGUAUGCUUACUCAGAAAUCCCACUUAGUUCAGUGAGACUUACUUCUCGGUAAGUAUGUAAAAUUGCAGUCUUAAGUUAUUUGACUCUAUUCAGAGAGUGCUUUAUUCAGUUGGUGCAUGUUCUACACCAACUCCCUUUCUUAAGUUGCUGCUAUUCUACCAUCCAAUUUUACUAAAAACCCAUACUCAGUCCUACUGAAAUUUGGAUAUAAAGUUAACAAUGUUUCUUUUUAUAAGAUGUUGCUGUGGAUCAUAGUUCUGACUUUGGUAACAAGCAAAUACAAAUGGUUUGCCCCAAUAUUUAGGCUGUAAUAAUAAUAAGGAAAGCUCCCUAUUACCAUGCAUCUUGCUGGCAGUCUUUUAUUUCAAAAGAGCUAAAUUCAAUAGUUACCCUUCAAACAUCCAUAGAAAACCACAAACAGGAUACAGAGGAGUUGCAAAGGGUUAGGUUUUUUUUAAGGUACCCUUCACAUUCAUAUUAUCUGAACUGCCCUGAGAUCUUACGAAGAAGGGUGGCAUAUAGGUCUAAUAAAUAUUAUGAAUGUAAUAAAAAUUGCAGUAAAAUGUAACUGCAGUGUGAGGGAAUUGGCUGUUUUGGAUAUACCGUAUUUUUUGCUCUAUAAGACUCACUUUUUCCCUCCUAAAAAGUAAGGGGAAAUGUGUGUGCGUCUUAUGGAGCGAAUGCAGGCUGCGCAGCUAUCCCAGAAGCCAGAACAGCAAGAGGGAUUGCUGCUUUCACUGCACAGCGAUCCCUCUUGCUGUUCUGGCUUCUGAGAUUCAGAAUAUUUUUUUUCUUGUUUUCCUCCUCCAAAAACUAGGUGUGUCUUGUGGUCUGGUGCGUCUUAUAGAGCGAAAAAUACGGUAUUAGCCCACAGUUGAAGCAUGUGAGGUUGGUCCUGUGUUUGUUUUAUCAAUGAGUAGAAACUCUGAGUAGAAGCUGGUAUGAAGAAUACUAACUGUGUUCCUAGGAGACUCUGGAAGUUUCUUGGUGAGAAGUUCAGUAUUAGUGCAUAAAUUGCCUGAAAUACAGAUCAACCACCACCAAUGCCAAUUUUCCUUGAUAACAUACAUGUUGGCAUUUCUAGAGGUGCCUUGUGUGAACUGGGAAUGCACCCCAAAAUGUGUUCCCUAGAACUGUUUGCACAUGAAAGGAAUUCUCACAAGAAAAUUGGUGGAUGAAGUGUGCCAUUAAGGUAGGAAGUAUGAAAAUACCAUUCUCUAGGACAGUGAAUGUGAGACUGUUGCAUUUUUCAUAGAAAAGGAAGUAAGUGUUACCACAUGGCGAGUCCACGAGGUGGUGGAAAUAGAAAAGAGGAGUCUAUUUGGUUGCUGAAAUUCUUAGAAAUUUGAUCCUGAUGCCCCAGAUGGCAUUGUAAAAGCAAAGGGGGGGGGGAAUUAUGGGUGGGAAAAAUUGGUUUCUUUCCCAAAGACUUAAAUCCCCCCCCCCCGAAAGAAUAACUGGAAUUUUUGGGGAAUAGUGAUAACCCCGUCAUCUGCAUUUUUUUUUCUUUUGGAAUAUGUAGUAUGAAGAUUUUCAUAAAAGAUCUUUGAAACUGAUGGAGGGCGAAUAUUGUUAUUGUUUGCUAUUAUGAUAUGUAUUUUUGUGUUUUUAUAUUUUAUGCUGCCCUUCAGUCUUUGGAUGAAGGGUGGUUUAGAAAUUUAAUAAAUAAAAAACACCACCACCAGACAAUCUGCAUAAAGCGUCAGAGAUUUAUAAUUCCUGUGUAUACCGAAAACAUACACAAAAUUCAAAUCUGAGAUACAUUCUGCACCUAUAAGAUUCUGCCGUCUUUAUGAGAGGAGUAUAUAGGAUCUUCAUCACUUGUGAAUUGCUUCUUGCCUUCUUCUGGUGACUUUUGAUCUAGGUUGGAUCUAGACACAUAAAAAAAGUGAUUAAGUUAAACACGUUGUAAAUUUCAUAACAGAAAUCCCGUUGACGAAAGACAUCAGCGCCAUUUGGUUUCACAGUAUUAUAAUGCAUAUAAAGCGUUUUCUCUUUACCACUGUAGCUGAGUCCCUAGUUUAGAGAUACUAAAUGCAUGUAUCCUAUGUCUGCAGUCCAUUUGACGUAACCCCUUCCUUGUUGUAGUUCCUUGCUCCCCUGAAACAAAUUAUCCUUACACACCAUGCAAGCGUACCCAAUAGUAAGGUACAGUAUAUAGAGUGGGUCUCACUGCUGAGUAAGCAUGCAUAGGAUUGCUCUGUGUAGUUCGUAAAUACACUAAAGGAUGCAGUUAAGUUAUACACAAUGCAUUUUGUGUUAAAACAGUAAAAUAAGUUUAGGUUUGAUAAUAAAUUAUUGUAUAGAUUUAGUCCCAAAAUUUCCACCCCCCUACUAAAAAGAGGACCCAUUUUCCCCUCUCCCAUGGAUUUCAUAUUUUUGUACAUUUUACAUAUUGACCUAGGAUUUGAAAUUGUCUUCAAGCUCCUGGCCCCAUGCAUUACAUGCAAUUCUCAUGUAAGAGGCGCUUUCUGAACAUAUAUAUGCAACACAGUUUAUGUUUUAUGUUUGCCUAUUAUGGUUCCCCCUCCCCCCAAUAAUUCUGGGAAUUGUACUUUCCUUAGAGUGUUGAGAAAAUUUAGAUCUAUAACUGCCUUCAAAGACUAGCACCACGAUCCAGCUGGAUGCAUGCAAAAAACACUACAUGACCUAUUUUUUUAUACACAUGUACUCUUCAUGUCUGCACAGGCUGUUUUGUAAUUAGUUAUGGUGAUUAAAUACCUAGUUUUGUGAAACAGUCUUUGGAUAUGAUGAAAGGGAGAUAAGGAAAAAAUGCAGUUGAAAAUAAUCUGAUAUUGUCUCUAGCAGUUGUUUAAAUAAGUAUGUCAGCAGUAUUUUUUAAACUAGACAGGCACAUUUUAAGUAAUCUGUAUGUGAGAUAUACUUGCCAGUUCUAUGUUUUAUGUGUGUAACCCUAAUGGGUGAUAUGCAGCAGUGUCUGUCUUGUCAGUGGAAAAGACACAAUUGGUAGAAUGAAUUUGCCAGCCCCCAUGUGCCCCCCAGAUUUGUUCCAGAGUGUUAGGAGAUUCCCCUGAGCAUAUUAAGAUGGGAGGGGGUGCUGAAAAGGGAGGAAUGGAAGAAGAAUUUCUGUUGUGCAAGUGGAAGUCCACUUGUAGAACAUUGAACAGUGUCCAGUCGGAAUCAAUUUUAUCCAGUCAUAGUUUGAACUUGUAUUCAGAAUUGAACUAACUAGUAUACAGCGCUGUGGUAGCUAUUGUUAAAACAACAGUAAAACAAGAAAAAAGGUAGCUAUUGUUAAAACAAUAGUAAAACAAGAAACAUAAUAUUAUUUUCUGGCAGCCAACAAAUUUCAGGUCUCUAGACCAAGGAAUUUUUAAAACUGGUAUCUCGGGUUACAUACGUUUCAGGUUACAUACGCUUCAGGUUACAGAUUCUGCUAACCCAGAAAUAGUGCUUCAGGUUAAGAACUUUUCUUCAGGAUAAGAACAGAAAUUGUGCUCCUGCGGCACGGCGGCAGCAGGAGGCCCCAUUAGCUAAAGUGGUACUUCAGGUUAAGAACAGUUUCAGGUUAAGAACAGACCUCCGAAACGAAUUAAGUACUUAACCCGAGGUACCACUGUACUUGCUUGAGAAUCCCAUAUGUUUGGGUUUUUUUUAAUAACCUUAUACUGAUAGUAAUGAAAGCUUACUUGUACUUUUGCAGCCAGAACCAUAUUGAUGGCACUUCUCUUGCUUGCUUGUCACCUUAGGGGUAACCACGAACAUAUGCACAAGUACAAAAAAUAUCUGCAGGAAAAAUUAUAAGGGUGUAUAGUCCUCUCUCCCCAGCCUGCCAGCCUCUUAACAUUGAAUGUUGACUGAGUGAGGGGGAAAUAGAUUGCUGAUACAGUAAGACAGAUUAUAUUAUUUACAUAUCUGUACAGUCAUGGGGACACGGGUGGCGCUUUGAGUUAAACCACAGAGCCAAGGACUUGCCGAUCAGAAGGUUGGCGGUUCAAAUCCCCGCGAUGGGGUGAGCUCCCGUUGUUCAGUCCCAGCUCCUGCCCACCUAGCAGUUCGAAAGCAUGUCAAAGUGCAAGUAGAUAAAUAGGUACCAUUCCAGAGGGAAGGUAAACGGCGUUUCCGUGUGCUGCUCUGGUUCACCAGAAGUGGCUUAGUCAUGCUGGCCACAUGACCCGGAAGCUGUCUGCAAACAAACGCCGGCUCCCUCAGCCAAUAAAGCGAGAUGAGCGCCGCAACCCCAGAGUCGGUCACGACUGGACCUAAUGGUCAGGGGUCCCUUUACCUUUACAGUCAUACCUUGGGUUAUAGAUGCUUCAGGUUGCGUUUUUUUGGGUUAUGGACCACCGGAACCCGGAAGUCCUGGAACAGGUUACUUCCGGGUUUCGGCGCAUGCGCAAAAGUGCUAAAUCGCGGGUUGCAAAUACUGCGGGUUGCUAACAUGCAUCCCACACAGAUCACGUUCGCAACCCGUGUGUCCACUGUAUCUACAAACACACACACACUUUGAUUAGGUAGAAAGAACCAUCUUAUUGUAUAUGUAAGUCACUUUCUGGUCCACACAGAAAAGCUACCGGUAUUCUUAAAUGUCCCCAGAGAUUAAAAGGGGGGGCGGGUGUCCACAUAAAUCGUUGAACAAUCCAAAUAAUUUAAUGUAGCUGGUCACCUGUGUGUCCACCCAAAAUCCAAAGGUGAAAAAUGGAGGGGGAAACCCUGCCAACAUCCACUGCACCAUUUGGUUGCAGGGCCCCAGGGUAGAAUAAUAUUUCUCCAGAAAGUUGGAAAAUGAAGUAGUGUUGAUUCAUGAAGUGAUCUUUCUAUUUUCAUCUUGUUGAAAAUGGCAUAUUUAAACUGUAAGCUGAGAGCCCCAGGUUCCCCAUCCAUAUUAUAAGUUGCCUUGAUAAUUUGUUGAAGGUUGGGAUAUAAAUAAAAUAAGCAGCCUAUUGAAGUUGUGAUGGACCAAUUUUAUUUUUUUUAAAAAAGAUAAGUGCCACUAUUUUAGGAUUAUUGAAAUCCCUGCAUUGCAGGGGGUUGAGCUAGGCGAGCCUAAGGUUUCCUUCCAAAUCUACAGUUCUGUGAUGGCAAACAAAUUGUUUUGGAAGGAGCUCCAAACCUUGUAGGAAUUUGUGAGACUUGACUGGAUGAUGCCCAGAAUCCUGUGUUGGCUUGACAGCUGGUGAUGGUAUUUUCAGUCCACAGAGACCACUGAAAUUGAGUACAUAUUGUUUAAGGCCCACCGAUCCCCAGUAAGUUCUGACAAUGGGACUGUUCUACACCAAACCAUUAAAAUUUGGGGCAAGCAAAGGUGGUUGGAAUAUUGAAGUGUGGGGCCUAUGUUACUGCUUUGCACAUUUGAGUCAAAGCUGCGUUUGGAGGAUGCAUCAUGACAUAGGAAAGCAAACUGUAGCUUUCCAUGUAUCCUCCAUGUAUUUAUUUCAUAAAUAGCAUAGCAACUUAAUGAGCAUAAAGUCAGGUUAGAUAACAGGAGAGGUUACAAUACAAAUCAAAUUUAAAAUCAAUAUUGUGUAUUAUUAUUUUUUAAGAUGACUAGAAUGCCUUCAUUUCCCCCCUGAAAAAUCUUCAGGCAAAUGUAUAUUCUGGGAAAUACCUGGAACCUACCCUGUUGUUCUAAAAUGAGAUCCUCUACUAUACAUUACGAGUGAGGGAUAGACAGUGUGAUGCCCUUCAGAUGUUGGACUACAACCACUGCUAUUUUUCUAGAAAAAGAGGUGCCAAAACUCACCAUAGACACCUCCCUUGUUCUUUCAUAAUGGCAAUGGCACCCACCUGAAAGGUGCCAGAGCAAUGUUCCGGUGAGUUCCAGCUGAAAAAGAAGCCCUGACCACAACUCCCAUCAGCAUCAGCUAGCAUAGGUAAUAGAUGGUGGGCGUUAUAGCCAAACAACAUCGGGAGGAGGCCACAUUUGCUAUCUUGCUAUAGAUUCCAGUGUUAGAGGAUGGGAUAGGAAUGCUAGGGGCCAUGCGGCUCCUGGAACCUAGGUUGUGGGUGCCAAAAUAAAAUGUCACGGCACUCCCCACCCCACCCCCUUCCAGACCAGGCAGCCCUGCGGCAAUAAAAAAUUACUGCUGGGUGAAUUUUUAGUGAAUCGGGGUCUGCAGGGUCUUUUGCUACUGCUCUACCCUGACAAACAUCUUGCUCACUCAGUAGCUCUGCAGCAGCAAUUCAUUCAUUCAUUGGCUGCUGGGUGAAUCGGAGGUGGGGGUGGAUUGUCAGUACACCUUUGAGCCGAUGCCAGUGACUGGGCUCAAUAUCUGGAUCUGCCCCGACUGGGCUAGGUGAAUGAAGCACUUCCAGAGACCUUUCACUCCUGGAAAGCAGGUCUAAGUGCACUGGACCCACAACUGUGAGUUGUGAGCACCAAACUCAGCAGAGUAUGAACAUCACGGAAGAAAGCUGUGAAGCGUAACUUCUUUUAUUUUCUAAUAGCUAUUGCAAACUAAAACUAAAGAGCUACUGGCUUGCACGAGUGUUACAGCUCUCACUCAGCCAUCUAAUCUCUACAGGGAUAACACUCAGACUCCACACAGAGUCAGGCAGGAGCGGAAGAAGCAAAGAGCAGUUUCCGCCCCCUCCUUUCUGAAAACAUCAGGAGAUUCUUGCAAUGGGAGGGGGUGAAAAUAUCCACAGGGGUGUCUGGUCUGCCUGAUUCACCUAGCAGUGUGAAUUCACCCAGUGAAUCGGUCUGGAGGGUAGCGCGGCAGCAAAAGAUGAGUCUUUUGCUCUGCUUUACCCCGCCAAACAGCUGAUUCACCUGGUGGCAGCAGCAGCAAAAACAAAGACAUGUCUUUUGCUGCCACGCUGCCCUGCAAACUCCCUGAAUCAACCGGCCAGGCAGGUGGAGAUGCUAGUUGUCAAAAGUGGCUCCUGGAUAUCUCCAUCAAGUCGCAAAAGGCCGGUUGCCAGUCGCAAAAUGUGACUAGCACCCGCUAAUUUCAAACUGUGAUAGAUUCUGUAUAUAUAGGGCUUAAAUGACUGCCUGUCAAAAUAAAUACCCUCCAGUAUUCGUUCCGGUGGUCUGUCCGCAACCCAAAAAGUACGUAGGCAGAGGCACCGUUUCUGCGCACAUGCGUGAAGCGCGCAGAGCGCUUAUGUGCAUGCUGCUCGGUGAAACCCGGAAGUAUACACUUGCUAACCUUGGCUUAGCAAGAUUGCAUGAAUGGUCUAUGCUUGCAGUUGCUUUACUCCUACCCAGUCCUUUUUUGGCCAGGUAAGCCAAGAAUUGAAUGUACAGUGGUACCUCUAGUUGCGGACUUAAUCCGUCUCGGGGUGCAGUUUGCACCCCAAAAAGUCCGCAACUAGAGUGCCUCUUCCGUGCAUGUGUGCGGCACGAUCGAGCGCUUCUGCGCCUGCGUGAAGUGCGCAGAUCGCUUCUGCACAUGCACGCGUGGCGAACCCAGAAGUAAACACUUCUGGGGUUGCCGCUUUCGUAAGCUGAAAGUCCGUAACGAGCAGAACGCAACUAGAGGUACCACUGUAGUAUGUUGUCUGAACCAGGACCAGUGGUUAAUCUGUCUUCUCACUACUCACAUUCUGUAAUCAAGGUUGCUUCUGUUUCACUGGUUGGAGAAGGCAUUUGAAGGAAGAUGGGAGAGCGGGGUAGCAAGAGACUGUUGCGGGAGGCAAACACAGCCAUUGACUUGUGAGAGACGAAUACAUAUUUGCUGUGCUGAUACUGGCAUGGUAUGAUAUCCAACAACAGGUUCACCAAUAGCAAUGCCCUUUGUAUAAUACUACAUUCACCUGCAAUUACGGUACUUCCCACACAAAUAUUGUGUGCAUGGAGGGCAAGCUUCAUUCACAGUAGAUGCCCCUUACCUCAGUGAGAAAAUUGCCAUCUUGGGCCUGAAAUGUUGGUGUUCAUUUCAUCUUCCCUCCUGACAAAGGGAUUGUUCCAAUUUAUUGUUAAGUAUUCCUUAUGCUAUUCACUUAAUGAGUUUUCAUUUUGAAAACAGUUGCUCCUUUGCCAUCCUGCUCCCUGAGCUGCAAUUUUCCCAUCAGUGGAACAGAUGUGUUGGUUGCAUGCUGGAUUUGCAAUUUCAGUUAUUAAGAUUAUAAAAUGAAAGCCUUUCCCUGGAAAAACCAGUCCUAUAAAUUAGCAUGCACCAGAACUUAACUUAAAUAGUGAGAAAAUAUGCAAACUUUUGAUGUGAUUAUUAUACUUGGAAAAAGAUGAGUGCCACUUGGCUUGAAUUACACAGAUCAAGAACACAGUUCAUCUUACAAAUGGGUCUAAAUUGUAUUAGUAUCACAGUUGGCUGCUAAAUAGGUCUUACAUUUGAGCACAAGUAGGUUCCACGUUUGUAUUUUUGGCUGGGAUCUGACAUCUGUCCCAAUGCUUACCCCCUGAACUCUUGCUGGUAAUGGAUCGUGUAGCUCAAAGGAGAAGCAGCCCAUCUUAUCUCUGAAAGAAGCCACCCAGAACAGUGGAUUACAUUACGAACAUUGGUAUUGAUUUGUUUGCUAUUGUUUACAGAUUCAGAAAAACUACUGUGACAUGAAGACUGAUCUAUUUGGCAUUAUUUUUUCUAGGCAUGUUGGUAUCUGAUGCCAGCAAUACUUUUGGUUGCUGCUACAGGUAUAAUUAUUGUUUAGGAAAGGGGAAAAGUCUAGCUUUAUAAGUCUGUUUUAGGUGCCACUUAGACUUGAUAUUAUUUGAGAUGAUAGUGAAGGAAGGGUAAAGAAGCCAAAACAUAGCAUAAACAUGAAAUAAAAAUCAUAAUAAUUCAUCUUGAAUACAAUCCAGUAUUUGUUGCUUUGAUUUCUGCAGAAACUCCUGAAGAUGAUUUUUUCUAUGAGUUCAGUUGCAAUAGAUCAGCUUGAGAAUUUUACAGUGUUGCUUUUUUUUUUGGUUGAAGUAGUACAAAAUGUCAAAAAUUAGAAGGAAGGUCACAGUGGAAAAUACCAAGACCAUAUCUGAUAGCACAUCCAGAAGACCCAGUGUAUUUGAAAGACUUGGACCCAGCACUGGAAGUACUGCAGAGGUGAGUUGAAAAGUAUUAUUUGUAUUUAAUGUAGCCCCUCCUCUCGUAGAGCAGACAUGUUUGGGAAUAGUGUUUCACUUCCCUCAGUUGUGGGAGUUUAUGUUUAUGAAGGCUUUCUUAUUGCAGUUGGAUGCCUUGUGGAUGAUUAUGCUGGGGGCAUUGGAGCAUGGCACAACCAGAGAUGAGGCUGGGUGGAAUGGACAGAGCCAUGUUCCGAAGUAACAUUGUUGGCUUUCUAAAUGCGGUUCAGGGAGAUGGGAAGGAGUGUUGGGCCCACAUGCUCAUUUCUCCAUGUGCCAACUUUGGUGCCGCUGCCCUGAUUAAACUAACUUACAGAUCCUCAUUGCAUCCAAAAUGGGCACUGUGGUUUUAAUGUUAGGAUCAGGGUCUUAAACCAGAAUCUACCCCAUUUGCAACACCAUGUGAUGAGAGCGGAUGGCCAUGUGGAGCUGAUGCUUUCCCCGGCUUAAUAAAUUAUGAUUUACUAAGCAAGGAAUGCUAAAUCCAAAUUGGCUCGCACUCUCUUAUGAUAUUUCCUGGGGAGAAUCUGUGGAUAACUUUUGAUUUCAUGAUACGGUAUCCAUGUGUGGAAUAGAGAAUACAUUUCCCCCAAGCGAGAUUGGCUACAGGCUUGUUAAGGUAGUGGUGGUGUUGUCUUGCCCUGUUUAGUGCAGCUUGGCUUCAUGGCUGCAACCAUUUAGACAUUCCUCUUCUGCAGGUUCCCUUGAUGUAAUGCACCUUGUUUAUUUCUGUGGCCUGUAGUCUGAAUUAUGCAGGGAGUUAACGGUUGAAGGACCCUUCUGUGGGGUGUGGCAAGACGGCAAUUUGUUCUCAGUGCCGUUUCUCAGAUCUGUUGAGUGCUAUAAUUAUUGAGGACCACUUAUUUAUUUUUGCUUUUUUGUUCAAAAUGUACCCAUACCCUGUAGGAUGUGAUGUGUGCAUGGAUGAAUUGUACUUGCUUUUUUUAAAGUAGAUGAUUGGUCAUCAGAAAAAGAGACACACACACACAAGAAAGUGUUUACAUGCACACUUCACAUCUGAGGUAGUACACAUUAAAUUUAUGAGUCACCUAUUUAAAAAGCCUGUUAUGAGGCCUCCUACUAUUUAGAUGAGAUAAGCACCAUACAGCUAAGCAACUUUGGAGUACAAAAUCAUGACUAAACUACAUACGUCAACAACUUAAGAACAAAUCUCUGCAAGUGUGCGUGUGCACACAGACACAUAUAUAAAAGCAGAAAUCCCUAUCAGAUUAAACAACACCAAUAAACAAUAUUAAAACACUGGCUGAUAAAAUGAACUAAGGUUGUUAAAAAUGCUGAAAACCAUUUAAGGGCCUGGAGAAAAGAAAUGUCUUCACCUGCAUUACGUAUCAAGGUAAAGUGCGAUUUUGACCCUUAGUUGGUGAAGAGAUGUGGCGAGGCAGUGUAGUUAAUGAAAAUGCAUUUUGAAAUGUCUUGGGAUAAUCCAAAGUCUCAUAAAGGAUCACUAUCAGAUCUAAGACUAUUGAUUUUCAUCAAGUUACUGUUGGGUGGGAAUAAUAUGUGGAAUUAUUUGUUUUGUGAAUUUUCACACAAGCACUACUUCCAAAAUUAGUUUGAAAUUCACCCAGUAAUGUCUGUCUCUUAGACACAGUGCCGUAACUGGCUGAAGACUGGCAACUGCCUCUAUGGGAACACAUGUAGAUUCGUACAUGGCCCUUCACCACGAGGUAAAGGCUUUAGCAGCAGUUACAGAAGGUAAAUGAAGAACUCAGCUUUAUAUUCACAUGCUUGCAAAAGCUGUUUUCUUGUAGUUCUUUAAAACUUACAAUGCAGCAAUAUGGCUUUAUUAAAAAUACAAUUAAUUUGGAAGUGUGAUUAUGCCUUGCCUUUUGAGUGUAACUUCAGAUUGAUAAAAUGUUCUUGUUGCAUAUUAAUUUUUGCUUGAACAAUUUUACCUGAUGUCAAAUGGGAAUGGAAACCCUAAUAAAUGUAUGGUUGCAUAAUGUUACUGCAGCUUCUGAUUUGCUCAAAUUUUGUAUUGUAGCUGCUUAAUACAACACUAAAAAUCUCAACCUAUGACGUCACCACAAUCAUUAUUAUUAGCUAGACAGUAAAACGGUUUACUGUGCAAUCACAAUGUAGCAUACCUUUGUGCCAAAACUGUGCUUUCAUAACUGUGUCUCUACCACCAGAAGGCAGGAUUAAAAAUACUGCUUUAAGUGAAAAUAUUGUUUUGAUUUGUAACUCCUGAAGAGCUACAGUUGUCUGUGUUUUCACUUUAUGUAGCAUUUUUUAAAGCUAAAAUGCUUAAGAUUGAAUAUCUAGUAUAUGGAAUUAAUUUACAAUUAAGAUUUAAUACUGUGCAGUUAAAGAUCUUCUGUAGGAGAUUUAGGCUAUAAUCCUAUACACAGCUACCUAGGAGUAAGCCCUUUUUAAUGCAGUGGAACCUACAGUUGCAUAGACAUGUAUAGGAUUGCAAUGUCAACGAUUGCUGAGAAAUUGUACGUCUCGUGAUGCUUUUAGGAAUCAUUUAUUUUUUAUUAUAAAAGAGACAGAAUGAAGGAUAGCUGUGAUGUGAAGCACAAGGUUAUGAUUGACAUUUAUUACUCUCACACGAGCAUGGAAUUGCUAUGAGGACUUGCUUCCCAUUUUUAAAUGCUUUUGUUGAUUGCAGACUAAAAGAUGUUAAGAUGUACUCAGCCAGCAAACAACUACUCUGUAGGUAUUAUAGAUUCAGGGCACCAGUGAUGAAAGGAGAACAAAACCAAACAGAAGAUUAAAAUAUUAUUUCCUCACCCCACAGUAGAUUUCUUUGUGUAAAUUCAUUUGCUAGUCUUGAUUAUACAUAGUGACGAUAUAUCACUGAUAUACUCCGUCGUAGCAUGCCUUCAGCUUUGUAGCCAAUGUGGGACCACCAGGCGAAUCCCAAGGCGCCAUUAAAUAUUUUUACAAAACCAUAGGGGGCAAAUCUCCCCCCGCAAAUUAAAAAAAACCCAGGAAGAUUGUGCAUGCCUGCAGUUACACGAGGGAGAGGUGUGGAGCAAUGAACAGCAAUUGCAUGUGCAACCCAGAGAGGCAUUUAAUUCUUCCUGGUGCUGUUAAGCUGAAAUGACAGGAGCUCAGAAGAGAAGACAGCCGAGAGGACAGUGGCAAUGGAAGAACAAGAAAUGAAGGGGGAGGGAGAGAGCCUAGGGAGCAGAGGAGAGCUCGAAAGGAGAGGCAGCUUACGGGAAGGAUGCAGGAGGAGGAUGGGAGCAGAGGUUCCUAUGUGGCAGCAAGACCAGUAACAGCAGAGAGAUGACAGAGAACAGAGAAUGAGUGAGAGCUGUGAAAUAGGAGGCAGUGAAAAAGUAGAGUCCUGAAAUGGGAGUGACAGGCAGAGAGAGGAAAGAGAAUAGGGCUGAGUAGGGUGCUAAAUUGUUUAAUUAAUCCAGGCCACAUUUUGUUUUGGUUCUGAUUUGGUAACAUAAAACUGAAUUUUCUUUUAAAUAUAACCUAAAUGUGUAUUUAUCAGUGGUUUUUUAAAAAAAGUUGUGUGUGUGUGCAUGUGUGUGCGUGCGCGCAAAGUAGCUUUGCCAAAUAAAGGGUAAAGGGACCCCUGACCAUUAGGUCCAGUCAUGACCGACUCUGGGGUUGUGGUGCUCAUCUCGCUUUAUUGGCUGAGGGAGCUGGCGUACAGCUUCCGGGUCAUGUGGCCAGCAUGACUAAGCCGUUUCCGGCGAACCAAAGCAGCACACAGAAACACCGUUUAUCUUCCCGCUGGAGCGGUACCUAUUUAUCUACUUGCACUUUGACGUGCUUUCGAAUUGCUAGGUGGGCAGGAGCAGGGACCGAGCAACGGGAGCUCACCCCGUCGCGGGGAUUCGAACCGCCGACCUUCUGAUCGGCAAGUCCUAGGCUCUGUGGUUUUAACCCACAGCGCCACCCGCGUCCCUAGCUUUGCCAAAUAGUUACUCAUAAAUUUCAUGUACAAAUAUGCUUACUAGACUAGCGGAGAGGGAGAGUCUUUGAAAUCAGUAGAUUUCUGUGCUCUCUAUACACUUGCAAGGGGACCUAUCCCAAGUGCAGAUGUAACACAGAUGAUCUCUUGACAACAGUUGAGAGAUCAGGAGCAGGGUUGCAGGCUACCUUCUCCAGAACAAAUUCUCCUCCCUCUUGUUCGCCUUCUAGACUGGAAGCAUAAUAUUGUAAAAUACUGUGUUUUGUCAAGUUAGAGCAAGGAUGUCUGUUCACAGUUGAAAUUUCUAUAGUGGUGUUCUUUGCAGACAUAAGGAAAGGGGAAUUGCACGUAGAGGAGCACAACCAUCAAUAUAUUAAAGGAAAGUUGCUGUCCUUCAAACACUGAACAGUUGAACAACUCUGCUUACUAAAAACCACAUGUUUUGUUAAACCCAUUUACCUCUCCAUUUACAUGGAAGUUCCACUCCUUUCGAGAAAAACUGUUUCCAAGUCAAAUAAAAUGUAUUUCUUAGAAUCAUAGCCAAAGCCAGUAUGAACUGGAAUAAACCAUAAACCUUUAAAGAAAUAAUUGAAACUGGAUACUUGUUACUUUGAGAGCUUAUUUGUGAUUUUAGUGUAUGUGUGGAUAUGUGUGUAGCAUUAGGCUGCAUGUAGGAAAGUAUUAAGUGAUUCAUAUCACUUUAUUGAGGAGGAUUGCGCCAUGACUAGAUUUCCUUUUGGAUAAAAUAAAUUGUUGGGACUAUUGCUGAUGGGCACAAUGCCUUUUGAAAUACCCCCAGUAACUGCAAAGUAGGAGUUUACUGCUUAACUUAUGUGUAAAAAUCUGACGCAAGUGUGUUCUAGGUAUAAAAUACUGUUUCCCUGGGGCUGAAACAAUAUACUUUUCAGUAGUGCUAUUUUUCUAGAAAAAGAGGAGUCAGAACUCACCAUGAAUGCCUCCCAUGUUCUCUUAUAAUGGCAAUGGCGCCCACCUUGAGAGGUGCUAGAAUUGAGUUCCUUGAGUUCCAGUUGAAAAAAAAGCCCUGCUUCUCAGAACAUAUAAAAUACACAGAAAGCUCUCUGAAAGCACUGAACAUUGUCUAUGUAGGAGAUGGUUGGACUAUUUUAUAGUGUUUUCAGGUACUGUAUAUUACUUAGUUUUCAAUAUGGGUACAGUCCUCAUUUUCAUUCCUCCCCCCAAAUUACAAGUUUCAUACUAGCUCUAAGGCAGUUGUAUAAGGGUUCUAUUUGAAUGAACAAUUACUUCUUAAAGAGAAACAAAAAAAUUAAAAAAGAAAGAGAAACAAAAUAAAAAAGCUCAUACCAAUAACAAACUUAGUUGGUCUCUAAGGUGCUACUAGAAGGAAUUUUUUUAUUUUGUUUUGACUAUGGCAGACCAACAUGGCUACCUACCUGUUCUUAAAGAGAGUAAAGUUUUUAUAUAAAGAGUAACAUACUAUUCUCUGGAUUGCAGAAUGUGGCCUUCUUGAAUACUUGCAAUUCACACAAAGUACUAAAGUAAUCCAACACCUUCUAAAAUUCCAGAUAUCUGGAAAAACUUUCAUUGCAUAGUCGAAUUUGACUGGACUUAACCGUCCGGGGUCCUUUACCUUUACCUACAUUACUUGAAUAUAUUUUUUUUUAUAAAGAGGAAGUAGAAAUGAAUUUCUUUUCAUGAAUUUUGAUUCUCCAGAUAUGCUUCCUUUAUAGCUCAAUUCCUGAGGCUCUUUACUUCUAAUUUUGAUUAGUUAAAAAUUGAAUAUGGAGAAUAGCAAGAUUUUUUAGGUAUGUGGUUUUUCUGGUUUCAUAUUUUAUAUUAGAACUUAAACCAUAAAAAGAAUCCUUUUGACAUAGCAUCAGAAGGCACCUGUUACUUAUGGAUGAAAUAAGUAUUCGGAGAUUGAAAUGGAGCUUGUUUCCAUAAAUAUUGUUGGAACAUCUAAGGUUCUAGAAUUUUCUGCUGAAUUAAAUCCUUAGCCUCUUCAGAUUUAAGACUCUCUUUGCCUCUGUAGGAUUUUAAGCUGAGCUAAAUCCAAACAACAUUUUGUAGCAUAUUUUAAGUACAGUAUUCAAAGUAGCUGGCUCUUUCUUAUACAUGAACACAAUAAUUCUUACUAAGAUGGGUGACGGGACUGAGAGAAUAAGGGCUUGCCUAAAAUCACAUGGUAAAUUUGUUACCAAUAUUAGAUUUAAUUAGUGACCUCCUUUGUUUACAGUAUUACUUGCGGAGUUAGCUAAAAAAAUUAAAAUGAGAAAUACAUUCUGAUUCACCUUAAAGAAUGGGAAGUAAUAUUUUCUAUGUCACAACCACCACCCCAGGUUUGCUUCAAGAGUAUCUGCUCAACAGGAAGCCAUAGCCAACCCUUGGUCUCCCCUGAGUGUAUGCGUAUUACAUGUGUAGUUUUGAACACCUGUUUUUCACAUUCACAGUUUACAUUUUUAGGUGCGCACUUGAGGUGUCCACCUGAAAGAGUAAUGUGCAAAGAGUCUCUUUACUUGCAGAAGAGAGAGGAAGCUCUUUGAAACCUGUUUCUAGUUUCCUUACAGUUAAGACUUCCUAAAUAAACUAAAUAUUUAAGCUCAGGAGAAUAGGAUGUAUUUUCCUCCCUUUCCCCCCAAAAUCAACCCAUUUCGUCUUUUGAGUGAUAAUAUUUUAUUAUAAACUUUAGUUAAGAUAUGAUGAAAAUAAAUGCAAGAUGCCAAGGUUUUUCCCCUUGAGAUUCAUCUUCACAAGUUAACAACUUAUUCAGUCAUCUUUGCUUUAUUUUCUUUUAUUUUCAUAGCUAGAUAUAUUGUCUCAAAUUGAGCAUGUACUUAGAAUAAGCUGGGCUGAGUAGUUAGCACAGGGUGAAGAAAUAUUGACCCUUGUAUUGCUUCAGAUUCAAAUCAGAACUUUUUUCAACUUUGGGAAAUGUAGAACAAUCAGCAAAAGCUGAUUGUGGUGCCCUGCAGACAUUGUUGGACUCCCAACUCUAUUUUCCAAUGACACCUAGAGAGUACCAGACUCUUCUGUCAUGUAGAAGAAUAAAUGCAGACCAGGAUUGUAAGAGCUACUUCAAGCAUCCUCAAAGCUUUCACUAGUCCAGUGGAAUUUCAUGCUUUUCUUCUUAUGUCCCAGCCCCACUCCACAGAACUGGAUAUGGCACAUAACUUUAUCUGCAUUAGGCAUGUUCAGAUUUUCAUAGGAAUACUGGGGUAGUGUGCUGUAUAACUUCAGUUUUCUGGUAAGAUAGUCUUCAGAAAAUAACUCAAAUUUUAGGGUGCUUGGUUUAUAGUUGACUUGCUUUUGUGCCUCCUUUUUGAUUGAUCUAAAAGGCAUUAUAGCACCUCUUACAAGUUUAAACUAUCUCUUAAUGGCUCCUGAAUUCAUUAUUGCACAUAAUUACAAGAUGGCUCAUUUGGUUGUUGGAAAGCAGUGACUGGAUAAAGUUUGGCAUAUCCUAGUCAUGGGAAAAUGUCAGUUCAGCUAAGAGUAUGCAGGAAUCAUGCUGACAGAUUUUUGUUGUUGUUUUUAAUCUGGAAUUUCCUUCAUUUUGUUAAGGUUCCAAGUAAGAUCUACUAUGUUCAGAGUUAACCUUCAGCGGUUUACUUGUAUUAAGUUAGAUCUGGUGUUCUGUAUAUAUCAUGUAUUUUGAAUUGCCCUGGGGCAGGCUGGGAGAUUGUUAGCUUGUUAUGUAUUUUCUGAAAAAAAUAUUAUUUAAAACUACAAAAAGGGUUACCAGGAGAGCGCCCAUGGAUGCCAGUGUGCCCACCAGAGCCUCCUAUGGCACCUGUGAUUGAUCUCAGUAAAUACACAUCCAAAGUCCACAGUGCACAAAAGACAGCUUGCUUGUCCUGCUUAGCUCUUGUUUGCACUGGUUUGACCUCUUUUACAUGGAGUAAACAUGCUCGCAUUUCAUUGGAUGCUAGGAUUGGAUACCUAGCCUUCCUCCCGUAUGUUCUGAACAGAGGAGAGGUAUAACAAGAUUUUCUCUGUGAGUGAAUGUGGUGGGGGCUGAUGGAGGUGCCUUUCCAGCCCAUUGAUGGGGUGGUUGAUGUGGGGGCAUGACUGUACCAUUUGUGUAGUCCUGUCUCUUUUGCUGCUCUUUUAGAUGUUGCAGCCGUUUUAUGUUAUGCCACCCCCCCUCCCUCAGUGGCCAUCUUGUGGCUGGUGGCCUCGGCACUUUCUAAAAAUUCCAAGUGUGCCCAAUGGCCCAAAAAAGUUGGUGACCAUAAAAAUCAAGUUGUUUGCAGUAGAAUGACAUUUACAUCUCAGCCUAAUCAAGCAUUUGGUCUCAUGAAAGUGAAUUGCUAAUAUACACUGGAAGACAUAAGGAAACUUUUAGGCAAACUUUGAAUUUUAUUUUCUAAAAGGGUUAGGCAAGCCUUCUUCAUACUGGGUAGCUUUAAUGGCAAUUUAUUUAGGGUUGGACGUUCUUGUAUAGCAUAUUACAUGGCAGGAGCUGAGUGAAGACAGGAAACAUGAUGGCAAAGCACAACUGUAUUAUAAAACUGCAGAUCUCAAACCUGUAAACUGUAUUUUUAAAAAGGAUGUAGAAGCAGUUAUAUUUUCUGUCUGUAUUGUAUAGGUCACCCGAAAGGCCUACAGGGGAUCUUCGGGAAAGAAUGAAGAAUAAGCGUCAAGAAAUUGAAGCUGAACCACAGAAGCAUAAUACAGAAGAGCAAUCUUCUCCUGUCAGGGUGAGCAUGGGAUGUUCAUAUAUCUCCUUGCUUUCUUCAGUUGUUUUGGGAUGCAGGAUUUCCUAAUGUGGAACAAAACCGAGCACUGUGUUGCACUUAACCCCAGUUACCUAAGAUGUGUUUAGAGUUCCCUGGUCAGGAUCCAUUGACCCUAACAACUAGUUCUGUAUUCCCAAGCAGGGUUGUCUUUGUGUUCUCAAACAACACCACCACAUCACACUGUCCCUGUCUGGCCCAUGCCGAAAACAAACUCCUUUUGACAUAGGGCAAAGCAGUUUAUGACAUAACAUGAGAUUUUCCUGUUCAUAGGAAAAAAUUCACUGAGCAAGUCCAAGCCAUUGGGUGCACCAGAGGCAGGACUCCUUAAAUGUUUUUUUUAAUCUUGGCCUUAACUUCUCAAUGUAGAUUAUGGAUUGGGCCCACACAUACAUGAGCGGAAGUGUGUGCAUAUAACAGGGAUUUUUCCACCUCUCUUCUCCACUGAGCUUGCGUCCUGUGACAACCAAUCGUCUCCUGAGGGUUGGAAGUUCACUUGCAUAAGAAGCCUGGACCCAGUUUCUGCCAAUUUUGUGUGUGCUACAUCAGACCUUUCCAAGCAAUUCCCCAAACCACAGGACAGUUUUUUUUAGCUCCAUUGGAGGAAGGUAUGAGAAAGCCUCGUGCAAGGGAACAUUUGCACAACAGUGGUGAAAAUUCACCUUAGGAUUUUCACCUCUGCCCAAUUGAAAAAGAUGGUAUGUUUAAUAUUAUAUUAAAACCUAGCCAAAAUUUCUUCAGCAUAUAUACAAGUUAAACUCAUUAGGGUUUCAGUAGAACACAAUCUUAAAUUUUCUGUGGUAUUUACUACUAGAAGAAAGUCAUAGUAGUUUAUUUGAGAAAGGUUCCUCUGUGCUAAAUUGGAUAUAAACCAGAACAAAAAUCCAUUUUUUUCUUUCUUUGUACAAAAAUUGAGAACUGCGAUAUUUAUGCAGUCUGUACAGACAUAGAUUUCUGGGGCCUGGAAUCUUUACUUUGUGUGACAACGUUGGUAGCUGAAAGCUCUAGUUAGAAUGUGCAUUGCUUAAGUGAGAGAUAUAAAGCUCCUGUUGCUUUUCAGAUUCUCUAAGAGUCCAGUCUUCUAAUGUCUUUUUACAGCCUUAAUUAUUUUAAAUGAAAUGAGUUCUUCAAAGGGUUAACUCAAUCCCCCCAAAUAUUGGAUUGUAUCCAGUGAAGUCAUCCCAUUAAAACACAAGGACUGUACAAUGGGACUUCCUCUUCCUGACUCGCCCACUGCAAAUGAGCUCCACACUGUUGAGGGAACUCCCGGAACAGAUUGUGGGUGGGCACAGGGGGAAGAAGUUCUGUGGCAGAGGUGGAUAUCCUUGCACUAGUGGGACAACUUCAUUGGACGCUACCCUAAGACUUGAGUGGUUCAGAAUGUAAAUACUUUUCAGGAUCCUAAAAUAUGGUUGACCAAGGGAAAAUAAUGUAAAAUGCUCCACAUCACUGUCAAAUGCUCAUGAAUGUCUAAAAUGCUCAUGAAGGUCACAUUUCCAAGUCUGGUGAGAGACUCUAGGACUGCCAAGUGCUUUUUAGUAUGUCCCCUAAUUUCACAUCAGAUUUUGUUAGACAAAAUCGUAGUAAUUUGCCCCAGUCAAGACCCCCCAAACCCAUAACAAUAAUCAGCUUUUCUUUUUAAAAGAAAUGGCUGAAAUAAGUAACAACACUUGAUUGGAUUGUUUAUAGAAGUUCUAAAUUGAAGCAGUGUGGGGAAAUCUUGCAUUUUGGAUGGAAUAACUGGCCGAUUCGGAAGGAAAACUUCAUUUUCAGGUUCCACGUGUGAGUGGUUUGUUUAUAUCAUUACUUGUAUAUAUUAAAAUGCUUGGAGCUGACUAACCCAUGAGGGUAUUGAAAUUAUUAGUUCUCUGACAAUUGGUCCAAACAUAAACCAAGGCAUCCUGGUCAGUAACUAAGCUGAAAAUGGGACAUUUUAAAAUCUGAUUGUCGACCCAUGACCAUGCAUGGCAAAUCCUGAGCAGUUUUAGUGUUUAUGAAUAUUGCUUGACAUCACAGUACUGAUCAGCCAACAAGAUAGAGGCAGUAUAUGAUUAUAUGGCUUUCAGCCUACUUGUUCUCCCUAACCAAUCUGCAAUAUUUCAUAGCCAUGCAGAAAGUUGUUGGGGUGUAUGUGUGUGUUAGUGGGCAAUAUUCCCCGCCCCUGAUUUCCCCCAUUCAACACCCCAGUUUCUGGCCCUAUCACAUUCAGAGCCAAACACUGGAUCCUUCCCUCUGGAUCCUGAAGACCCAGGCUUUUUAAGGUGGUGACUGUUGUAGAAAGGGCAAAGAGACAAGCCUUUUGCAGAUUAAGCCUCCUAGUCCAGUUUGCUGCAGUAGUGAAUGCAGCAUGCUUGAGGGACAGGUAAGGGAAUCUCUUACCUGUACCUUCCUGCCCAGGAGCUGAGCACAGUUUUUGCGUUUCGGGAGGUUAAAGAUUCAGAAAUGCAUCUUCUCCUUCCGCUUGGUUGCAGGGGAGUGAUUACCACCACUUGUUUGAUAUGGAAGAAAGGAAUAUAUCACCCCCACCUUGCCUCUUGUUUAUACAAUUAAAAUAUACUCUGGAGUAUUUUUGUGUCCCUGAAGCCAAUGCUUUCCCCCCUGAUUAACAUUGUGGUCUUUUGCAUACUUGCACCAGUCUUAUAGGGUAGUUGUUUAAAACUUAGCAUUUGCCAGGGAACGAUCCAUCUAUGCUCAUGUAUUAAUUUGUUCUGCUGAAGUAUCUUGCAUUUGUUUUAUGAAUGUAAUCUUAAUGCUGAUUCUGUGCUGUUCAUCACACUGCGGCAUUUUUCCAAACGUGGCCUUUGUUAAAUAAAUUAGCAAGCAAGCAUAGGUCUGAAAAGUGAAUAGCAUUCACCUGGUGAAUGUGUAAAUGCAAAAUAGAGCCUCCAGUUGUUUUAGAAAUUAAGGGUUGGAAAUGAAGAUACAGCUGUCCUCUUAACUUCCUCGGGCCCUUUCCUGGACAGUUACUAUAUGCCCACAAGGGCUUAAUGGUGUGGAUAUACCGUAAGAUCUCUACAUCCCGCACCCUCGUUGCAGAGCUGCCUUAGUGAUUCAGCUCACCCCUGCUUUCUGCCUAUCCAGUAGCUACUCCUCUCUGUUUUAAGGCCUGUAUUUUGUCUCCCACACAAGCCCUACUGGAAAUUAAGCUCUAACAUUUCCAGACAUCUGGCUGAGUAACUUGCACCCUUAUGACUAGUGAGCUUUUCAUACAGCUGGUUCAGUAGCUCUGUUUUGAUGACCUGAAAUCCUACCACAGGAGACAGCACAGAAAUUCCUGAGCUGGUUUCAGGGUGUGUGUGAGGGGAGGGAAGCCCUGUUUACACUAGAGGAGGUCCUUUUGUGGGCUUCCACUUGCACAGCUGGUUAGUUGGAUCCCACCCAUAUUUUAAUAUCCUGAUUUGUGAAUAAACUGACGUUUGAACCAACCAGUUUCCUGAGUUUGGACGCUAAGGAAACUCUUAAUUCAGAACCAAUAUCAACAGCCUUGUUUUAUUUCCUUAAUUGUUCAAUCCCCAAGCUUCGUGCCUUCUUUUAGAAUUCUAAGCAUUAUAUCUGAACUAAGCCUUUCUCUUUUUUGAGUUCUUGUUGUAGGUAUUCCUUGACACACACGGCAUACUAGAGGGAAGAGUAUGUUCUAUAAGUCUGAGUUUUCAACCUUUUUUUUAAUAUCUGGAACUGGGGAAAAGCAAACCCUUCUUGAAUGUUUUCAUGAAAAAAACAAUUAGAAUCAUGAAGUGGUGGGAAUACCCCAGCCCCCCAGCUAAAUGUACCUGCUUCCAACUAUUCUUUUUAAAAAUCAACUGACUUACUAUUUAUUUAUUUGAAUUUCUAUACCACCUUUUAUCCAAGGAUGACAGGGCAGUUUAUAAUAUAAAAACACAAAAAUACAUAACGUAGUAUGAAACAAAACAACACACGCCCACAGUUCUAAAGGUCUGUUUCGUUUGAAUUUGCCUGUUUUGUUUUCCUCUGUAGAAAGAGUCCUCCAGGGGGAGGCACAGGGGGAAGGAAGAUAUUAAAAUUACCAAGGAGAGAACUCCAGAAAGUGAAGAAGAAAAUCCCGACUGGGAAACAAACAGAGACGGUAGGUGCCAUAGCCUACUAGAUUCAUGGAGCCAAAAUAAAAAAUGGAGAGAACUGCAAAGAACUUGAAUUCUUAAUAAAUAUAUCUCCUGAAAUAAAAUUACUUUUAGUAGCUUUUGAAUCCUGAGUAGUUUUUAAAUAAAAAAGUAGACUGGACAAGAUUGGAUACAUGGCAUGCCAGAAAAGUGCAUUGGUUUGUCUAGUUUUAAAAUCUCUCUUUUCAAAAUACAUUAAAAAAUAUGUACUGCGGAAGCAUUACAUAACAGAGUCCAGAUGGAGAGCAAAAAAUCACUGUUGAAUGGAGAGAGAAAUGAAUGUAACAAUAAGGCUUUCAGAACAUUCAGACCAUGUAUUAUAUAAAGGAACAUUUAAUAAUAGUCGAACGGUCCCUUUAGCACAGGAAAAAGCAGUUCUGAUGGAGUGGAGAAGCAUUGGUGAUGGCACAUUUUUCUGCCCACCUUUUCCCCUGUCUAAAUCUCCUUGUGUUAGACUAAGACAAGUGUUGUUCAUAGGAUAAAAGUGAGAUGAAUAACCAAUUAUGCUACCCGGAACUCUUUGGGGAAAGCAUUAUUUAAAAAUAGGGAAUUUAAAGAAUUACCUUUCAGGGUAACAUAGUUUAGGCCACUGACAUCACUGAAUAAUUUCAGUUCUAAAAGUCAGUGUCUUCCUGAUUCCUAGUAAUGUUACGUUGAUCACCCUGAACCCUAAUAUCCUUAUCCAUUAAAUCAGUGUUCCUCAACUUGGCUCCCCGGCUGAUGUUGGACUAUAUCUCUCACCAUCCUUAGUUAGCAGGACCAGUAGUCAGGGAUGUUGUAGUCCAACAGCAGCCGGGGACCCAAGAUUGCAUUAAAUUAUAGUCAUCCUAUAGUUGACAUGUUUUUAAUAUAGAGAAUGUCAAGGAUACCAUUUCACUGACUUCUUUUGUUUGCUCUAAUAAAUUAAGAUUCUGAUAACGGAGACGUUAACUACGAUUAUGACCACGAGCUUUCUUUGGAAAUGAAGCGUCAGAAGAUCCAGAGAGAGUUAAUGAAGCUUGAAGAAGAAAACAUGGAGAAAAGGGAAGAGAUAGUAAUUAAAAAGGAGGUUUGUAUCUCAAAAAUAAAACACCACACAGCCAAUAAAAGUUUAAGAAUUAAGAUUUGAACAAGCCUUCAGGAUAAUAGUACCGUAUUUUUCGCUCUAUAAGACGCACCAGACCAUAAGACGCACCUAGUUUUUGGAGGAGGAAAACAAGAAAAAAAAUAUUCUGAAUCUCAGAAGCCAGAACAGCAAGAGGGAUCGCUGUGCAGUGAAAGCAGCCAUCCAUCUUGCUGUUCUGGCUUCUGGGAUAGCUGCGCAGCCUGCAUUUGCUCCAUAAGACGCACACACAUUUCCCCUUACUUUUUAGGAGGGAAAAAGUGAGUCUUAUGGAGCAAAAAAUACGGUAAUUAGUGACACAUUUAUUGCUUAUAAUGGCAUACACUGUGUGCUACGGGCUCUUGAGCUUCCUUUUAGCUCCACAAAUAAAUGUGGAGUCACAACAAUUUGUUUUUAUUUAGUUCAUAAAAUGUGUAAAACACUUGAAUGUAAAGAAAAAAGUCAAAGCAGUUUACAAAAAACAAUAAAGUUAUCACUAAGUUAUAAUAAUAGUAUAAGACAAAAAAAUAAUAAUAGUAUAAGACAAAAAAGCUAGAAUAAUAGACUAAAAACAGAUUAAGGCUCAUAUCAACUUUCUAGACAUCAGGGUAGACAUGUCAAAAAAAUAUUUUUAGCAGGCACCAAAUAGGAGCGGGUUUUGUGUGGCACCUGUUAAUAGUUCUGCCAAUCAAAGUGGUUGAGUGAGCCCAUAUGGGGUAAGGCAUUUUUCGUAAAUAAAACCAAGUUGUUCAGGGCUUUAUCUACUAAUAAGGACCCUGACCAUUGGAUCCAGUCGUGACCGACUCUGGGGUUGCGGCGCUCAUCUCACUUUAUUGGCCGAGGGAGCCGGCAUACAGCUUCUGGGUCAUGUGGCCAGCAUGACUAUGCCGCUUCUGGCUAACCAGAGCAGCGCACAGAAAUGCCGUUUACCUUCCCGCCGGAGCGGUACCUAUUUAUCUACUUGCACUUUGACAUGCUUCCGAACUGCUAGGUUGGCAGGAGCAGGGACCGAGCAACGGGCGCUCACCCCGUUGCAGGGAUUCGAACCGCCGACCUUCUGAUUGGCAAGUCCUAGGCUCUGUGGUUUAACCCACAGCGCCACCCGUGUCCCUUAUCUACUAAUAGUAACACCUUGAAUUUGGCCUGGUAGCAAAUUAGCAACCAGUGCACCACUCUUUAUCCUUUUUGUCAUUUCGUACUUCAUUUUUAUUAAAUUGUUUUUAAUAUUGUGCUUUGAUGCUGUAACCCACCCUGGGUUCUGGCACUGAAGGGUGGAUAAUUGAUACAAAUAAUAAUUUUGAAUGAUUUCCGUGAUCUCAACCUUCAGCGAUACUUUGAUAAACGUCUUCACAACAUGUGUGUAUAUCCCAAUCAAGUUGUCUUUGUAUCUGUGUUUACGUAGCCAAAACCACAGCACUUGUGAGCCAGAGAGCAAGAAUCAGAGUUGGAGUAACCCUGAGACACAAAUACAAAAGAAUAUUUAGGGGAAUGAACUCGAAAGGGGUGGGGGCACAAAACAAUGGCAUGUUGUUUAGAGAUUGAGGGGGUGCAGGAAACUAGAAGGGACAGGAAUUAGAAGACAGACUUGGAAGACAGAAACAGUUACGUGUACAUAAAGAACCACCUCUCUGCCUGGGUAUAUCACUUCUAGUUCACACUGAGAAGCUGUUUUUAAAUGUCCAUAGGGAUGAAGGCGUGAAAUGCCCAGAGACAUCUGUGGAGACAAUGAUAAUUUAAUGCAGCUGGGACUGAGCACACAUGUGGCCAUUCCUCCUCAAAAUAAAAAGGGUGGGAUGCAAAUGAAGAAAAGUUGAAGAAAACUGGCAAAUGGUGAAUGAGAUACUUAAUGAACAUGGAAUACUGACUGAUUCUUUGAUGGAGCAGUGGGGAAUGAAUGAAAUUGAGUGGCUGGAGCCGCAAGCACUCCGCACUGGAACAUGAGUGAAAUGAGGUGCAGUCAGACCACACAGAGCUCUCUUUGUUAAACCAGUAGUUGGGGGUGAUCUAGAUUAGCAGUGGGGAACCUGUGCCCCUUGAUGUUGGAUUUCAAGAAACAUCAGCGCUAGCCAGCUUGGUUGGUGGUCAGGGAUGAUGGGGGAUAUAGUUCAGCAAUAUCUAGAAUACCACAAGUUGCCCAGCCCUGCUUUUUGGACCCAAUACCAAAUAAGUUUAUGAAGUGCCUGUAGCCCAAACUAACACCCACCCGUAAACAAGAGGAAGGUAAAGGGUAAAGGGACCCCUGACCAUUAGGUCCAGUCGUGACCGACUCUGGGGUUGCAGCGCUCAUCUUGCUUUAUUGGCCGAGGGAGCCGGUGUACAGCUUCUGGGUCAUGUGGCCAGCAUGACUAAGCCGCUUCUGGCAAACCAGAGCAGUGCACGGAAACACCGUUUACCUUCCCACCGGAGUGGUACCUAUUUAUCUACUUGCACUUUGACGUGCUUUCAAACCACUAGGUUGGCAGGAGCAGGGACCAAGCAACGGGAGCUCACCCCGUCACGGGGAUUCGAACCGCUGACCUUCUGAUUGGCAAGCCCUAGGUUCUGCGGUUUAACCCACAGCGCCACCUGCGUCCCACCCAAGAGGAAGGUAUUUGCAGAUUAAACCCCAAAGUUUGCUGAACACAGCCUGACUGGAAGAGGAAAGAAAGAAGUGGAGCAGAAAAUCUGAACAGAAGCAUUCCACAUUGCGACUUUUUGUUGCUGGACUCGUAGCAAUGUAAAGCAAAUUGGGGCAUUAACAAAUUUAUUGUUUCCCUUUGUUAAGAUUUCUCCAGAGGCUGUUGGGUCAAAAUUAUCCUCACCUUCACCCAGAAAAUCUAGCAAAUCUCCAAAACUGCGAUCAAGCCCCAAAUCUUCCUCCUCAACCGCUAAGAGGGAGAAAAAGACUUCUGCAGUUUCUUCACCCCUCUUGGACCAACAGAGGUUAGUAUAUAUGCAUGUUUGGUAAAAGAAAACAUGUGUUAUUCCUUGAGUGGUGGUGUGGCCUAAAAUUUGUUGAAUGGGACGGAUGGUGCUGGUUGUUUAUCUUAGCCAGAACUCCCUGAGUAUUAGAGGGGGGGAAAUGCUUUGCGUUUUUUUCUACAGUCAAGUGGUAGAUAAUUCUUAUGACAUGAAUAAAUAACAUUUAUGUUAUUUGAAAUUUGUGAAGCUUCAAAUAACAUCUGCAGUAAUAAAUACCUUGAAUUGUUGUAAAUAGAAUGGGAUGACCUUUUGCUGACAUAACAUGCAAGCAUAGUUCAUUUCAAAGUUAAGAAUUAUUCCUAGGUAUCUCAGCCAUAAUUCAGAUUGACUGCAAACCAAGCUACAGAACCCUGCUUUGCAGUGUGUUCGCAAAGUGUGAUUUUCAUUGUCUGCACCAACCAAAGCAUGCCUAAAGCAACUUCGCCACUUCUAACCUUUCUGCUUGCAAGGUGGCAGACAGGUCUCCCUGCAGAUUCUCAGUGGGUUGAGAUUUCCCUCAGCAGUUUAAAUGAUCGUUUCACUGCUCUUAACUAAGGAUGAAGUAACAAAACCAAGUUUCAUGUCAACUGUUGUUUAAACAGUUCAUGAGAAAUAAAUGUAAAAUUAUUCGUAAAAAUAAAAUAAUUUAUCUUGGCUUCAAAGGAAAGAAAUGUUGGGAAUUAUAAUCAAAACAUUAGAGAUGACACGGGAUAAUUAUGUAAUCUAAUGGAUUGAUGUUUCUGUAUCUUAAUCUGCUUUAUGAUCUUUUUGAACAGUGAUGAAAUGUAAAUAAUCAACUCUUGGGUUGGGGCAACUGUCUAAAAUGUUUUCAAUGGUUCUAAUUUUGGCUCCUGUUUUUUGUUUUGUUGGGUUGGUAUUGGUUAAAUGUUUAGUUGGGGUAGGCAGUUAUUUUAAUUGAGUGUAACUGUAAACUUUAUUAUUUUUUGUUAUCAUUAUUGGAUUCUGUUGAUUUAUUGGUUUCUGUUAUUAUUGGUUUCUGUUGGUUUGUUUGAUGCUUGUAUAGGAUAUAUUUUUUAAAAAAGUUUGAUGUUUUGUUGUGUUUUUAUAUAUGUUGUAAGCUGCCCAGAGUGGCUGGGGAAACCCAACCAGAUGGGCGGGAUAUAAAAUUUAUUAUUAUUAUUAUUAUUAUUAUUAUAUCAAAUCUGGUAUGCUUUCUGUUUCUAUUCUUUGGAAUAAUACUUUGUUACUCUGUACUGUCGUUCCUCUGCUUACGUAUCCCUCUGGAUACGUAAACUUCGGGAUGCAAACCCGGAAGUAUUUUUCCAGGUUUCGCCGUGUGCGCAAAAGCGCUUUAUGCGCCAUGCGCAGAAGCAGUCCUUCAGUUGCAGAUUCCUUGGGAUGCAGCAGGACCUCCGGAACGGAUCCCGUUCGCAACCGGAGGUCCCACUGUACUUGAUUCUGUUCCAAUUUGAAUAUGUACCUUCAGUAAAGGAACAAUCACUCAAUAUCAGUUUACAUUAUUAGGGGACCCAAUGGCAUUUUUGCUCAUUUUUUAGCUGCAAUGCCAGUGCAGCUCUGUGCAACUGUAGCAACCUCUUGGGGGCCCUGGACAAGCUUUUGUGUGCUCAGAUUCACCAGAUGGAUUAGCCUUAAUCACGUGUAGCAAGUUGAUGCUGGGAAACAGCUCUUGCUGUAGAGCAGUGUUCCCCAACCUUGGGCCGCCAGCUGUUUUUGGACUACAACUCCCACCAUCCCUCACUAGCAAGACCAGUGGUCAAGGAUGAUGGGAAUUGUAGUCCAAAAACAGCUGGAGGCCCAAGGUUGGGGAACACUUCUCUACAGCAACCAUCAUUCAGAGCCAGUUGCAUGAGGUUUCUGCAUGGCAACCACAUUGUGAGCAGCAGUCCUCCCUUUCAAUGGCUACAGCAGACUUGGAGUGAGAAUAUAUUAUGGUGGUGGUAAUUGCUUUGAAACUUUAGGUAACUUUCCCCCAGCCUUCUGGAGUGCAGCUCUUAAUUCAGGUAGCAUUUUGUGAUUAAAGGCACGCCGAUUAACCCUUCCAACACUUGUUUCCUCAACCUGUUUUAGGAGUUCCAAAACUAACCACAGUAAAAAGAAAGGUCCUCGUACGCCUAGUCCUCCACCGCCAAUACAAGAAGACACGGCACAAGGAAAGAAGCAUAAGGAGAAACACAAAGCGAAAGAGCGGUUAGAAGAGAAGCCAAGGGAGGUGAAAGAGAGAGGCCGUGACUUUGAAAGACACAAUAAAGAGAAAAAAGAGAAACAAAGGUAUUCUUAAUGUUUGUGUACAGUUGUUUGUCUAAUUUUGCUACAUCUGUAAUUUAUAGACUACUAAACACUCAAGGGCUUAUGUCCAGCUUGCCACCACUUAAGGCUUUUGAUUUGUAGUCUGUUUACCUUUCCCUGAUCACAUGAUACACUACAAGUUUUGGAACUUACUUGUUGCGAUCUGAAAGUGAGCAAACGACACCUGAAAUCCAGAAAUGGAAGGCAGUCUUCAGCAGGGUCCACCUUAGCUAAGUGAUGACCAUUUGCAGCACAUAUGGCAUCUCUUCCUGGUUCCCUUCUUUAUUUACAGUUGGAUGGGAACUGAGCGUCACUUGGCUUGUUCAUAGUCUCCCAUGGCUGCUUCGAGAGAGCAGCAAAAAUACCAGACCUCAUCAGCUAGGACAUCACUGUACUGAUGACAUCAAACCUUGGGUGGCCCACAGGUGGUUGGCAUAGUGGAACUUGGAGGACCUCAGAGGGAGACCAUUUUCAGGAGGUUGCCAGCAGCUACUUGGUGCCGCCAUCCCCCAAACUGGAUAGCAACUCCAUAGAUACCUGCCAGGUCUAACAGCUCUCACCAGUGCAUUAUUGAAGGACUGAAGAAAGCUCUGAGAAGGGUGCACGUUCAUCUCUAGCCUAAGACAUGCUGACCAAAGCCGCAAGCAGUCUCCAUGUCGUUGUUGUUGAUGAUGUUGUUGUUGUUUAGUCGUUUAGUCGUGUCUGACUCUUCGUGACACCAUGGACCAGAGCACGCCAGGCACUCCUGUCUUCCACUGCCUCCCGCAGUUUGGUCAAACUCAUGCUGGUAGCUUCGAGAACACUGUCCAGCCAUCUUGUCCUCUGCCGUCCCCUUCUCCUUGUGCCCUCCAUCUUUCCCAACAUCAGGGUCUUCUCCAAGGAGUUUUCUCUUCUCAUGAGGUGGCCAAAGUAUUGGAGCCUCAGCUUCAGGAUCUGUCCUUCCAGUGAGCACUCAGGGCUGAUUUCCUUAAGAAUGGAGAGGUUUGAUCUUCUUGCAGUCCCUGGGACUCUCAAGAGUCUCCUCCAGCACCAGAAUUGAAAAGCAUCAAUUCUUUGGCGAUCAGCCUUCUUUAUGGUCCAGCUCUCACUUCCAUACAUCACUACUGGGAAAACCAUAGCUUUAACUAUACGGACCUUUGUUGGCAAGGUGAUGUCAAGGUGAUGUUGUUGUUGAUACCAUGUACCUAUUGCUGUUUGUCUAUUCCUCAGAGAUCCCUCAGAAAGUUCUCAUAGACAGAGACGUUCGCCUAGUCCAGAAGAACAGUCUGGUAGUAAUUCUUCUCCUUCAAGAGAAUAUUCUCCUACCACAAGGAGAAGGCAGACAUCUUGGGCUCCAGCUAAAUCCAGCAGCCAUAAGCAUUCCAUUUCGCCAUCUUGCAGGUAGAAUAAUUACUUACAUAGAUAUGUUUGUUGAAAUACCGAACUUGUGUAGCCCAAGAUACUCUGAUUACUGAAAAUGGGACACUUUUACAUCUACUAAACCUGGGACAUGUUUACCUUUUACUGACCAAGCCACCAAACAGAUUGGAAUCCUGGGGCUUAGGCGUUCCACCGCUUUUUCACAUAUUUGAUUUAAAUUUCAACCGGGGGAUUGUGGGGAAAUCCUGUGGCAACGAGGGACAUACAUCUCUGCUUGCAGAGUGGUAGCUUUGUAUAAUAAUGUGUGAAUGUGCUUAGGAUUGACUCACUCUUGAUGAUUGAUAUUAAAAUUGAUACCUAUACACUGUCUAGAAACCUGAAAUCUAGAAAAAUUUCAGCCCUGGUUAACAGUCUAGAAAUAACAUAUAUGCAUCUUCAUAUGUGGGAUGUUAAAUGUACAACAAAAUGGUUGUUACACACAGUGUGUGGUACAUUUGAUACUCAAAUGGCCCAAGACACCCCAAUUUGCAGAAAAGCCUGAAAAAAUGAUAUCUAAAAAGUUUUUGCUGCAACAUGGGGUGUUGAAGGUCCUCUGUCCCCCUUCCUACAAUAGCUAGUUAGGCUGCUUUCCAUUGUUAGCUACAGUAUUGGUUGGUGUGAUUUGAUACACACAUGCUCAGUUUUGUUGCCAAAGGUAUGCAAGUUCUGGCUGUGAACCCCCCAGGUGGUGAAACCAUUUAGGAUCUAUACAUAAGUUGUUUAGAGCUCUUGUGAGAAAAAGCCAUGGGAUUAGUACAACAAUAAUACCCUGAGACUUUUCAAACGCUUCUAAAAAGGUCAGAAAAUGGAGCGUCAUCUCUCCCGCUUAGACAUUAACUGUACUCCAUAAGUGUUAUAUUAACUCCAUUCCAGAUAGAAGUCUGCAAUUUGUUUCUCAUGUAGACUCAUUGCUAGACAGAAUUAAAAAUACAGUGGUACCUCGGUUGUCGAAUGUUAUCCGUUCUGGAAGACCGGUCGACUUCCAAAACGUUCAACAAUGGAGGCUGAAUGGACAGUCCUCAGAAUCCAUUGAGAAAAUGGAGAAACACGCCUCGGAAGCUGUUUGACUUCCAAGGCGCGUUCAAAAACGGAAGCAAUUACUUCCGGAUUUUCGGCAUUCGAAAGCCGAAACAUUCGGCUUCUGAGACGCUCAAAAACCGAGGUUCUACUGCAAUCCCUAUCUAUACUUAGAUAAUGCAAGCUGUUUGAAUGCAUUAGCUGCGAUUUUAGCAAGAAGCUAGUAGCUUAAAGUGAUCAAUCCUAAGUCUCUGCAUUAUUGGUCAUGUUACUCAGGAUCAAAGUAGAACAUCACGUCUGAAAUCAUAUUGUUACAUACUAUGGUUGUUUUUGGAUCUCACAUUGAUGUUAAUACAUAUUGCAUAAAAUGAUUGUCAGAAAAUUACUUGCCUUUCUGAGUCCGCAACAUUACCAUUUUGGUCGCAGUGUAAGCUAAUUGCAAAUUGACGGGCAGCAUUGUUAUGAAAUUAUAUGUAAAUAUUAUUUCGUGAUCAGAGAGAAAUAUUUUGUAAAUUUAGGCUAGCUGUAUUGGAUUCAUUUUCAUCAGUUGAAAAAAUGUUGUACAGUGGUACCUCGGGUUAAGUACUUAAUUCGUUCCGGAGGUCUGUUCCUAACCUGAAACUGUUCUUAACCUGAAGCACCACUUUAGCUAAUGGAGCCACUGCACCGCUGGAGCACGAUUUCUGUUCUCAUCCUGAAGCAAAGUUCUUUACCCGAGGUAUUAUUUCUGGGUUAGCGGAGUCUGUAACCUGAAGUGUAUGUAACCUGAGGUACCACUGUAUAAGGCUCAGGAUGUUCAUUCCACAGAUUUUUCCCCGAUUUCUAUGUCUGCAGGUCUGCCUCACCACCAACUCAGCACCAUUCUCCUGUGUCCUCAAGACAUCACUCUUCCUCAUCUCAGUCAGGUUCUUCCAUUCAGAGACGUUCUCCUUCGCCACGUCACAAAAGAACUCCUUCUCCCUCUUACAAAAGGACCGCUUCCCCACCAGUAGGCCGUUCCUCGUCUCCUUAUCCUCACCGAACCUCACCUUCUCAGCAAAAACAGACCCCUUCAAGGCAUCGUUCACCAGUCCGGGAGAGAAGCCGGCAUGAUCGUGAACGGAUUUCACAGUCGCACGAUCGUGAACGGAUUUCACAGUCACAUGAUCGACGCCACGAAAGGAGGGAUGGUAUGAAUAGGGAUAAGAAUAAAAGCAAACUUUUUAUUUGUAGUUUGUAAGAACAAUUUUUUUAAGUUACAAGAGGCCAGGCAUUUCUCCCAAGAGUUGUUAAACUCAAAUAUUGCAUUGCUGGCUGCUGUAUUAACUACAAAAGACAGCAUUACUAGCAUCAUCAAGCUUAUUGAGAAUAAAGUUAAUGGGGUUGUUGAUCUAACUCCUGUCCCGGGAGUUAAUAAUAAACCAUUAGUAAAUCUUUUAGAAUAAAAGAGCUUACUGAGGAAGAAAACGAAUAUGCUGCUGCAAAGGGAAGUUACUGCUCAUCACAUUUCUAGAAUUAUUUGAGGGUGUUAUCAAUCAUGUGAUCAGUGAACAUUUUAUACCCUGAUUUUUCAAAAGCCUUUGGCAACUCUUGCCUAUGCAAAAACGCCUGUGGAAAUUCAGUAGGAAUGCCAUAAAUGGAAAGCACUUUUUUAUUAUUGAUAACUGGUUAAAGAUAGGAGGCUGAUGGGUCUAAAUUAGUCACAUUGGUGAAAGCCUGAGCAGAUUCAGAAUGACUUCUCUGAAGUGGCAGAAGAGUAGAAUGGCAGAAGAGAAGCAGGAUGAGUGCAAAAUGAUAAAACAAAAACUUUGUACAAAUCAGCAAUCUUUGGAAACCAUAAUGUAAAACUGCUGUGAGCAGAGCUCAGUGUGUUGCAGGAUUAGGGAGAUGGAAUGCAGUAUUCUUUGUUUUUAAGUUUGUUUAAAAUGUGUUUUGCCACAACAGCUUGAUUGAUUGCAUUAGACAUAUAUCAGGCUUUGCCUGGAGUAUUGAACAAAAUACACAUUAGCCCCCUCCAAAAGAGAGGGAGAGAAUUUGUGUGACUUUUCGUUUAAGGCUUUGGAUGGGGACCACCAUCACCCUUUAAAAAUGUCACUCUGCUUCCAGCGUUUCUUGUAGUUUUAAUAGAUUGCAGUUUGAUAUGAGGACUGUUUGUGCAAUUGACUGUUCAACUGCAGGUGUGCUAAAUUCACUUUCAGAGACGAGAGGAAAAAGGGGAAGAGAGCGAGACACUCAAGAGGAACGUGACUACGACCAAGAACAGAGCACUCCCCGCGAUCACAGAGACGAUCGAGAAUCGAGGGAUGGGCGGGACGGGCGGGAUCGAAGAGAAACCAGGGAUAACAGAGACCGUAGGGAUUUAAGAGAAUCUCGAGACACCCGGGACUCGCGGGACACAAGGGGCUGUAGCAGAGACAAUAAAGAAGGCCGCGAUCAGAGGGACCUGCGUUCUGCACGGGACACCCAUGACUACAGAGACCGCGAGUGCCGAGACUCCCAUAAAAAGGAAGAACAGUAUUUGGAGGAAUCACGCAGCUAUGGAAGAACCCAUGGCAGAGAAGAGAGCUCUCGUUCCGAAACGAGGACAGACUCGAGAAGCGAGAGCAGAAAUGAAUCUAGAACUUCUGGAAGAAGUAGAGGAAGAGGACCUGAAUUAUCGGACAAAGGUAUAAUGAAAUGCUGGGUUUUUGUUGCAUGAUUCAGAGGCAAAUUUCAUUAAAGUUGAACUGUUUUCCUUCACUAAAUCUCCUUUCACCAUUAAAAUCCUGUCGGCCUUCUGCCCCACUUACGAACUACAGACACCAUCCUGUUUAAUUUAUCCGCAACUAUGUGGGUAUUCCAAAGAGUUAUAAAAUACUAAGGAGCAGAUGGGUAAUGGGAAGGUAGAAAUCCACUUGAUUGUUGCCUUUUUAAUAAGCAUUUUCUUUUACGUGUUAAGAGAUCUAAUGUUAGACUGUAUUUUUCUACAUCGCCACUCCGAUCCCUUCCACCUCUGCUUCACAUGAUUGCCCCAGAUUUCUUACCCAGCAGGUAAACUAUCAAGUUUAGGGGAUACAAUUUUAAUUCACCAGUGUACCUACUGAGAAAAUAAAAGUCUGGUAGUGAAACUCAACAAGGUUGUCUCACUUGUGCAGCAGACUUCCGCUCAUGUAAAUAGGCUUGCUCUGUCAUCUCCUCCCUCCUCUCCUGUCCCGGACUCCAGAUCCAUUUCAGAGGGUUGCAAGACACUGCAGCAUAUUUAGAGAGUCACAGGAGGCUACAGUGCAAAGGAGAGGAAGGGGAAGUAAUUGCUGAGUCCGCCGGCACAACACUGGCUCUCCCCAUACAGUGGUGCCCCGCAAGACGAAUGCCUCGCAAGACGAAAAACCCACUAGACGAAAGGGUUUUCUGUUUUUUGAUGCGCUUCGCAGGACGAAUUUCCCUAUGGGCUUGCUUCGCAAGACGAAAAUGUCUUGUGAGUCUUGAGAUUUUUUUCGCUCCCCCCCCUUUUUUCUAAGCCGCUAAUAGCCUUUUAGCCGCUAAGCCGCUAAGCCUUUAAUAGCCGCUAAACCGCUAAUAGCGCUAAUCCGCCAAGCCGCUAAUAGGGUUGCUUUGCAAGACGAAAAAACCGCUAGACGAAGAGACUCGCGGAACGGAUUAAUUUUGUCUUGCGAGGCACCACUGUACAUGUAUUUUUAAGUCAAAACGAAUUACAAACAUUUUUAGAUUAUAAAAAAGGUUUUGGCGAUCCUGUAACCGUUCAGCAUGGCAGCAGGCCACCUCCCUGUGCUUUUCUACAUGUCUGUUUUCAUUAGGUAGUCGAGGAGCAAGGGGCUCUCAGGUCGACAGCCACAACACCAGCAGCAGCUACCACGACAGCUGGGAAUCUCGGAGCAGUUAUCCCGACAGGGAUCGCUACGAAAACCGUGAGCACACGAGGGAUUCUUCCUUUGAAAGAAGGCAUGGGGAAAGGGACAAGCGCGACAACAGAGAGAGAGGUAGGUACUGUUUAUACUUUAUCAGUAAGUAGCUGAAGCAGAACAGUUUCCCAAGGACAGUUAUGCAGCGGGGAGAGUGACUGUUAACAAUUGAAUAAAGAGGGAAAUGGGCUCCCUGCAUGAAAGAAACGCAGGUAGAAAGCGUCUCCCCAGGGUGAGAGGCUGAGAGAAGAAGUAGGCUCCCAGGUGGAAGAGUCUAUCACCUCUGUAUAAUAAUAAUAAUAAUAAUAAUAAUAAUAAUAAUAAUAAUAAUAAUAAUAAUUUAUACCCCGCCCUCCCCAGCCAAGGCCGUGCUAACAAGCAAUAAUAAAAACAAGUUGAAUGAAUACAACUUAAAAACAAGAUUAAAAUACAACAUUAAAAUAUUGAAACAUUAAAAUAUUAAAAUGCAUCACAGGAGGAGAAAGGAAAAAGAAAAAAGAAGGAGGGGGAGGGAAUCAAAUUGGCUCCAAGCCAAAGGCCAGGCAGAACAAUUUUGUCUUACGGGCCCUGCGGAAAGAAAUCAGAUCCUGCAGGGCCCUGGUCUCAUGAGGCAGAGCGUUCCACCAGGCUGGAGCCAGUAUUGAAAAGGCCCUGGCUCUGGUUGAGGCUAAUCUAACUUCCUUAGGGCCCGGGACCUCUAGGGUGUUGCUAUUUAUGGACCUUGAGGCUCUCCGUGGAGCAUACCGGGAGAGGCGGUCCCGUAGGUAUGAGGGUCCUAGACCGUGAAGGGAUAAAUGUGGAUAAAUGACAGGGUAUACAUGAUAGAAAUAUGCUGAAGGGCCUUACAAGUAUUUUUUUCCUCUUUCCUCUUGCUUUUUUAUCUUUUGGCUUUUUAAAUAUUCUUAUUCUGUAGAUUAGUUUGAUUUUUACUGUAUUUUAUCUUGAAAAUUGUUAUUAAACUUUUUUUGGGGGGGGAGGAAGGAAAUGGACUGACUGGUCCUGCUACUUCAGCAAACAUAUUAGUUGUUAACUAGUUUGGUAACUUGGGCCAAUAUUAGAAGCCCAAAGUAUUAGAAGCACCACCAUUUGGCUGAUCAGUGGUGCCUGCAAAUCCAGUGUCAGGUGUAGGGUAGAUGUAGGGCGGUUUGGCUUGGCCAAAGUGCCCUUAUGUGACCAGUGGGGAAGCCUGCCAGACUCAUGGGCUGGAGGUUCCCUUCUGCAGGAAUACACAAAUAAUUAGCGGGAUGUUGAAGUCUGUCUGUUUAUGCAGGGAAACGAAACCUGUUUUAUCAUUUCAGAUCCGAGACCAAGCUCGCCAGUACGACACCAGGGAAGGAACGAUGACGUCGAACGUGAUGAAAGAUUAGAAGAGCGAAGGGGAGAUAGGGGUGAAGACCGAAGAGAUGAAAGACAGAGGGAGAGGGAGAGAGAGCGUGAACGCGAGCGAGAAAGGGAGCGCGAGAGAGAAGCUGAACGUGAACGUGCCCGUGAGCGAGAACGCGAGAGAGAAAGGGAUAAUAAAGACAGGGAACGGGACAGGGAUCACGACAGAGAAAGGGAGAGGGAGAGGGAAAGAGAGAGGGAGCGAGAACGGGAGCGAGAAAGGGAACGAGAGCGUGAACGAGAACGAGAGAGAGGGCGUGAAAGAGAGAAGGAAAGGGAGCGCCAGAGAGAGUGGGAGGACAAGGAGAGAGGAAGAGAAGAACGCAGAGACAAAAGAGAAGACAUCCGGGAAGAAAGGGCCACACGAGAUAGCCGCGAAGAGAGGAAGUCAAAGUAAGUUUGGUUUUUAAAAGAAAAUGAACUGAUAUUUAGAAUGGCCAGUUUGGCAGCACCAGACGGCAAAAGGACUAAAUGCCUCUAUGGUUAGGCCUGCAAAAGGAUAAUUGAUUGGGGAUACAUUGAAGGUUCAUAUGCCAUAUGGUUAAAAAAAAUUUUUUUUAAAGAAGACACUUUACUGAUCCCUUGUAAAAAUUUUAUCUCAUAGAAUGGUAUAGUUGGAAGGGACCCCCAUAGGUCAUGUAGUGCAAUUCGCUGCAAUUUGUUACAGUUCUGUUUGUUUUUAUGGUGAAAGAUGAGAGAUUUCUUAGAAGUGCAUUAAAUUUGAUUGUGUUUUUUUGGCCUGAUAUAGAAAACGUCACAGAAAUGAAAGUAGCCCCAGCCCUCGUAAAUCACCUAAGCGCCGCCGUGAGCAUUCACCUGAUAGCGAUGCCUAUAACAGUGGAGAAGAUCAGAGUAAGUGAGAGCAUGCAGUCCCCAUGCUAGAUGCAGAUUAGAAGUAACUGCUUUCAUUUCGCAAGCUGAGAUAGCAAAGGAUGACUUAAAAGUAUAUGCCUUUGUAUGUCUGUAAGUAUUUUAUUGCUGAGUUGUAUGUGCAAGGCUAUCAUUCUUGCAGAGAUUUGCUUUCUUAAGUGAAGCAUUUAUCUUGCAUUUUACAUUUCAAAGUCCAUCCUAUUUCUAAUACUUACCUUCCCCUGCCCAUUUUUGAGGCACUUUACCAUGAUCAUAAAGAUGUGAAAAUGUCAGAGCUUUUGCAGAUUAGCUAAAAACAUGAGUGGAACGUGAAAAAACAAUGAAGGCUGAGUUAAUUAACAGUGGCGACUAACAUGUCAGUCUGCAAGUUCUCCUUGACUGUUGGCUGUGCGAGCACAAAACUCCAAAAAUUAGAACUUAAUCUAAUUUACCAUGUUUCAUGUACUUGUAUUUAGUAAACAAAGCUAAUAAUUUUGAAACUGCCAGACUUUCCUCAUGCUGUAAUUGAAAUUGUUAUCCAUUCUUUGCGGAUUAGCUUAUGAAACAGGAAAUGUUCUGGUUUAAAAAGUCGGAAACAUUUUCACCAAAAGUACAUCACUGAUGUUAAAUGUGCAGUCUGGCCAAAGAUAUUCUAGAGUAUCCUUCUUUACUUUAAGGUGGUAUUUAUAGGAUAAGGAAACGGAGUAUAUGUAUUGAUGGCGGUUUUCUUAUGAGCAUCUUUCAUGUCAAAUGUGCUUGUGGUUGUUAUUUUUUAAAAAAUGGGCAUUUAAAAAUGUAACCGGCAACGGACGUACAAGGAAUUGUGUCCCUUAAUGUUGGAUAUGUGCAGGCCACUUAGUUGUGACCUAAGCGAGACAAUCAGAUGUAAGGACCUGUUGAGAAAAGAAGUGUCAUGACAUAUUUUUCAUCUUUCACAGACGAAAAACGCAGAUUACUGAGCCAGGUUGUUCGACCUCAGGAAUCGCGCUCACUUAGUCCUAUGCACCUUUCAGAAGACAAGCAGAGCCGGUGGAAAGACAGCGACCGAAAGCCGGAGAGAAAGGACAGCUCCAGACACUAUGAGGAAAGUGAUUUCAAGGAGCGGAGUUCCUCUUCUGGGGACAAACAGCGAGAGCAGCGGGAGACCAACGAAAGUUCAAGGAGCCGUGUGCAAGAAAACAUAAGCAACCGGGCUUCUGAAGAACGAGAGGCUGCUGACCAUGCGCACGAAGAUAAGAAAAAAGUUAAAAUACAGAAGAAGGCCACGAAGAAGAAGAAAGAAGAUGACGUUGCGCUGGAGCGCUUUGUUAGCGAGCCUGCUCCAGAGAAAGCCCAGGUCUUUUCUCCCAAGAAAGCGCAGAAAAAGAAGAGCACUGAAAAGAAGCGCAAAAGAUCUAAAGGAGAUUCUGAGGCUUCUGAUGAGGACAGCGGCCCACACCAGAAAAAGAAAAAAGGCCCAAGGACACCACCGGUAACCACCAGAGAGGAGCUGGUGGAAGCAGUGCCUGAGAAAUCUGUGGUCGUAGAAGCUGCGCCCAAGAGAGAGGACACAACGUUUAGCGACUGGUCGGAUGAGGACGUUCCAGAGCGUGGGGAAAGUAUUCUGGAGAGAAGUUCUGAGGAGCCCCACAGAACUAGCCAUCGCGCAAGGACUGAAGCCGUGGAGCCUCCUCACGUGGUUGAGGAGCCCCCUCACCAUAAACCUACGGAAGAGAAGAGAAGCAGCAGUCUUUGUAGCAAUCGGAGCCGUACCUCCAGUCGACUUCGCUCGCCCUCCAAUGAUUCUGCACAUCGUAGCGGAGAUGACCAGACCGGCCUUAAGAAGAUCCUGCAUAGCAGCGCCGGCGACAGAGAGAGAGAGAGGAGGUGUCUAGAAAUUGCCGGAGAGCGCAAGUCGAGAAUUGAUCAACUAAAACGAGGGGUUCCCAGCCGCAGCACCUCUUCAGGUAGUUCCACUUGUGUUCUUUGCUUGCACAAGCUGCCUCUGCCCGCUUUUUCCUCAGAUUCUCAUAAUACCUCAGACCUUUGCUAGGGAGAGGCUGCAAUGGGGAGAGGAUCAGGAAAGUUGCUGGCUUCCGCUUACCCAAGUGUUGUCUGCAUUUCAUAAUCUUUAGCCUCAUAAAACAAUUCCCUUUCAUUGUUUGAAGGUUGGUUGUUGGUUUAUGAUUUUCCUGAUGCGACGCCCUCUUUAAGUUUUGAAAUUGAUUUGUAGACUUCGUUAUUGUCUUCAUGAAUUGCGUGAAUUUGGACUCAAGAAGCUCCCGUGGCGGCUUUCAGUUUAAAAUGGCAUCAUAAAACAAUAAACAAACCAUGAUGCCUUUUCUAACCGUGGAACAUCUUUAGAUGUUCAAUGGCAACUGCUUAGAUCCUUAGUAGCGUCACCUUUGCCUGUAUUCUAAGGCGGUACUAUCACAAAUAGAUUCUGCCCUUGCUGGUUGGGGAUAAAUAUUUCAUUUUGACAAAAAUGUGGGAAGGUGUAAAGGUGCAUCUUCAGAGCAGAAGCAUCCAAACUUUCUGCUUUCCAGGAACCCUUCCCAGAUUGAGUCAUUUGCUGAGGGAGUUUUUCCUGUCUGCCAAAGAAACAGUGAAUUGUAGGGGUGGGGGUCUGGGCACAUAGGAUCAUACCCUAGUUUGUAAAGCAGCACUUAAACCGCAGUUUCCUAGCGUGGACAUCAGGGGAAACCGUGUUCUAACAAACCAGAAUAUCACCUUCAAAGGGGAAGAGCAAGAAGAGAGCUGGCGGAACAUGGCGUAUUCUCAGCCAAGCUCUGUUAGGUGUGUAGUCCAUGUACAACACAGUCAUGCAUCUGCUUAACACUUUUAUCCAGAUCGACAGGAUUCAAGGAGCCACAGUUCCAGGCGAAGUUCUCCUGAAUCAGAUCGUCAAGGUCAUUCCAGAUCUGGGUCCUUUGACAGCAGGGAAAGGGUGCAGGAGAGAGACAGGCAUGAGCACGAUCGUGAACGGGACCGACGAGAGGCGAGGCAGAGAGACUGGGACCGAGAUACAGCCAAAGACUGGCUAAGGAACAGAGAGCGGGACAGAAUUCGCGAACGAGAGAGACAGCGGGAAAAGCGAAGGGAUACAGAUCGUGAGAAGGAGAGGCUACUCCUGGAGAAUCCUGAGAGAGAUCGAGGUGCCAAUAUUUCCUCUCAAGCAGAGUUGUCCAAGCACAGUGAAACAAAACCGGGCAAGGAGCAUCCAGAAUUUGAGAUGAUCUAUUUGGACUCUACCUCCCUCGAGAAGGAAAGGCUAGAUAAAGACUUGGGACCUUUGCAAGGAUUCGAAGAUGGGGUUGAAGCUGAGAAAGUGGAACAUUUAGAAGGUGAUGUAUUAUCGGUCUGUUUUUGCUGUCCAAAUACCUGAAUGAAUCUUCUUGAUGGAGAAUCGAGUGUUUCAUCAUCUUCUUGUUUGAGGGUUCUGAUCUUGGGUCCAAUUCACAACACCAUCUCAGCAGUGUAGCCAGAGCCCUGAACAGUAUAGAUGCCUCUAGAAGAGUCUGUUUGACUCUUCUUCCAUGAUCUCCAAUGCAAAUCAUUCUCAUUCAUAUUCUCUCUCUCUCUCUCUCUCUCUCUCUCUCUCACACACACACACACACACACACACACACAGACACAGUUGCUCUAAUAUGAUUGGGGAGGGACAUGGGCAUUAUCUGCAUCCUCUGUGCCCUGCCUCCUAGAGCCAAUUGCAGUGAGGAGUUUAUGCCAAGGGAAAGAGACAGGAGGAAAAGGUUGCAACAUAUUUCUCUUCAAACACUGUUUCCCUGCUAACAAGAACAGUAAGGUAAAGGUAAAGGGACCCCUGACCAUUGGGUCCUGUCGUGACCAACUCUGGGGUUGCGGUGCUCAUCUCGCUUUAUUGGCCGAGGGAGCCGGCGUACAGCUUCCGAGUCAUGUGGCUAGCAUGACUAAGCUGCUUCUGGCAAACCAGAGCAGCGCACGGAAAUGCCAUUUACCUUCCCGCCAGAGUGGUACUUAUUUAUCUACUUGCACUUUGACGUGCUUUCGAACUGCUAAGUUAGCAGGAGCAGGGACCAAACAACGGAAGCUCACCCCGUCGUGCGGAUUCAAACCGCCGACCUUCUGAUCGGCAAGUCCUAGGCUCUGUGGUUUAAUCCACAGCGCCACCUGCGUCCCUAACAAGAACAGUAGGAGAUCCUAAUCUCACCUCCUGCAGCAUGUUCAGUUGGCACUUAAAAUGACAACAAAGAUGUGUAUUUAGUAUGGAAAGUUUCUUGUUAAAACUCUUACCCAAAUAGGUUUUAAAAAGUCUUCCCAAAUAUAAUAUGCAGCUCACAUUUGGUUUGGAUCCAAAAACUGCUAUGUGCUCACACCGAGGGGUGAUCUCUGGUUUUUGCCCUUUGUGCUUCAGCCACCCACAUCCCAUGCCAUUUCAAAGAGGGGCCCAAGACUCUGGAGCAUUUUGUGGGGGUGGGUAGAGAGAGAUAGGCAGCUUUAGUGGGAUCACUUUUCUAUAAAUUGAACUGGACUCUCAGAUGUUAGAAUCCAAGCCAUGGAAGGUCUGCAUUUCAUUGAUGUUGGUAUAGGUGAGCUUGAAAGUUCAAAUAGAUAUCUUUUGGCACUGUUCUUCUGUAGGUGGAGAUGAUGAAGUCAAAAUAGAUGAUAUGCAGUCAAUGGGAUCCGGUGCCGGAGAAUAUGAACCAAUUAGUGAUGAUGAACUGGAUGAAAUUUUGGCUGGUGAUGCUGAAAAGAGGGAGGACCAACAGGACGAGGAGAAGAUGCCAGGUGAGUUUUAGCAAUCCCUUUUAUGUCAGGCCUGUGUGAAUUGAAAUAAAUUCAGCCCUUUUGUUUUAUGCCUGCACAGCUUCUGUGUAUAGAUAAUCUGUACUCUGCAACCUGCCUAAUUUAUACACAUUAAAUGAGUGGCCUUCAUUUUGUGAUUUUGCUUAAUUCCACUUCUGUUAGUCACGGGAAAGGGGAGAGAAAUUUUCCUGUUCUCUUAAGUUUUGUAUCCCAUCCAAAUAACAGAAUAACAUAUCAGUUUCUGGUUUGUAAACAGCUCUUAAAGUACAGCUUCCUGGUCCAAAUCAUGGGAAACCAUAGUUUUAAGAAGUCAUGACUUCAGCACCAAAGCUGGGAACAUGAUGGGAGGGGAAAGGAAAGGAGCCGUUGUGGCGUAGAGGUUAGAGUAUUGGACUAGGACCUUUAAGAGCAAGGUUUGAAUCCCCACUCAGCCAUGAAGCUCACUGGGUGACUUUGAUCCAGUGACCAUCUCCUACCUCAUAGGGUGGUUGCGAGGAUCAAAUGUGGAGAACCAUAUGACCACCUUGAGAUCCUUGGAAGGUAAAGCUGGUGUAUGAAUGUAAUGAAUAAAUAUGGAUGCAGGACUUGUUCCCAGUCUAAUAAACCAUCAUUGGUUGCGAUGUCUGAACCCAGCCACAUCCCACUUGAGCCAGUCACCGCCUCGCCUCCUAAUCUGCAUCACAGGGUUGCUGUAGAGAUGAUGAGGGGUAAAACUCUGUAUGCCACCUUGAGCUCCUUUGAGAAAAGAUGGGAUAUAAAUGCAACCAAUAAGAUAAUAAGAAAUAGGCUUAAUAGCCAAGUGACUUGGAAAGAGUUAAAAAUGUGCCAUGAUAUUUUUUUAAAACCCCAAACUUUACUGUUUAACUUCUGUCCAAUUAUUAAGUCUUGCCAGGGCCAGAAUAAAGGAAAGUCUCUCUCAAUGUUUCUCAUCAAGGAAGAAACUCAAGAGAUUCCUCUCUUCUCCUCUUCCAUCCCCCUUUGCUAGAGAGUAGCUGGCAACUGUCACUUACCAUAUUUUUCGCUCCAUAAGACGCAUCUAGUUUUUAGAGGAGGAAAGUGGGAAAGCCCUGUUUUUUGGGGGAGCAGCUCACAGUUGUGCAGCUUCUUUUGCAAAGGCGAAAAGCCCAUUUUUUGAGGAUCAGCUCAAAGUUGUUGAGCUUCCUUUGCAAAGGGAAAAAAAUCCUGUUUUUAUGGGGUUCAACUCACAGUUCUGCAGGUUCUUUAGGAAAGGAAAGGGAGCUGUUUCUAUAGUUUCCAGGCAGAUAAUCUAAUCAACCAGUCACAUGUCACUGGGGAAACAAACAGCCUCUGCCUGCAAGACAUUCAGCAAUGGAGGCGGCCGGGGCCAGAAAGGGAGCCAGCGAUCGACCACACAUUCGCUCCAUAAGACGCACAGACAUUCCCCCUUCCUUUUUAGGAGGAAAAAAGUGUGUCUUAUGGAGCGAAAAAUACGGUAGUUUAUUCAGAAAUAGAUGUCCUGUGAAUUCCAGAUUUCUAGCCAUUUAAAUGACUGUGGUAUCCAUUGUAUGGUAAUAAGUGAGAGACCAUAAUUUUUUUCAGCUCUGCCUUAUAUGUACUGUUGAGCGGAGGAAUAACUUCUUUUUCGUGUGUGUUUCCAGAUCCUGUGGAUGUAAUAGAUGUAGACUGGUCUAGUCUAAUGCCAAAGCAGCCCAAAGAGCCGCGAGAGCCCGGAGCUGCUCUUCUGAAAUUUACUCCCGGCGCUGUUAUGUUGAGAGUCGGCAUUUCCAAACAACUCGCCGGCCCUUCACUCUUCACCAAAAUUAAAGAAACAUGCCAGAGAACAAUAGAGAAGCCUAAAGGUAAAAAUUGGCUUGCUGGAUGUGUCCAAAUGAAGCUAGAAAAACAUCCAAGGAUUUUGUUAGUUUUGUAUAGUUAAAGGUAAAGGGACCCCUGACCAUUAGGUCCAGUCGUGACUGACUCUGGGGUUGCGGCGCUCAUCUCGCUUUAUUGGCUGAGGGAGCCGGUGUACAGCUUCCGGGUCAUGUGGCCAGCAUGACUAAGCCGCCUCUGGCGAACCAGGGCAGCGCAUGGAAACACCGUUUACCUUCCCGUUGGAGUGGUACCUAUUUACCUACUUGCACUUUGAUGUGCUUUCAAGCUGCUAGGUUGGCAGAAGCAGGGACCAAACAACGGGAGCUCACCCCGUCGCAGGGAUUCGAACCGCCGACCUUCUGAUCGGCAAGCCCUAGGCUCUGUGGUUUAACCCACAGCGCCACCCGCGCCCUUAGUUCUGUAUAGGCUGUAUCAAAUCAGCUGUUUGAAAUAAGUAUGACGUGCGUAAGGGGAUUUGUGUAUGUGUUGCUGCUCUGUUGAAAUAUUGAAAUGUUGCACACAAACCAUCCAAGAUCCUUGUAAGCGAUAUGGAAGGUAAUAUUUACUCUCACUAUAAAGUAUCCCCAAGUGCAACACUUUAAUUUUCUGCAUAGGAGUGAAAAGCCACCGUUCACUUAGCUGAGGGGGAAAUAAAGGAUCAGAGAAACUCUUGGGGCGUGGGCCACUCAUAAGUUACCGUGGUCUCCUGAUGACCCUAGUAAUCAAAUUUGGUGCUCCAUCAUUCACUUUAGUUACACACACUCUUCUCUUGACAUAGUACAGCUGUAUAUUGGUGUCUUAUCCAUCAUUUUACCAACGUUUCCUUAAUAUUAUAUUCUUUAUGUUGCUUUUCUGUAGAUGCCGAGAACUUAUUUGAGCAUGAAUUUGGCGCCCUGAACAUGGCUGCCCUGCUGCGAAAGGAAGAGCGAUCUGGCCUGCUGUGUAAUCUUGGUCCCUGUUGCAAGGCCCUGUGCUUUAGGAGAGACUCCGCAAUCCGCAAGCAGCUAGUCAAAAAUGAAAAGGCAAGUGCACCUAACAGGCCACUGCAUCACAAACACAUUUUAAACACUCAGUAAUUGCAAAGCGACUUGAUCUUUUAACUUUGAGACUUGUUUCUAUGGAAUCAUCUUUAUAUGCUUCUAAACCAACCUGACGCACCCUCCCCUUGUUUCGUAAGCCACCUAAGUUAGGUUUCUUCUGCAAAUAGGUUGGUACUUGUCCAUAUACCAUUUUUUUCCCUUUUAAAAAGUGGCAGAAAUUUACUGUAUUUUUUGCUCUAUAAGACUCACUUUUUCCCUCCUAAAAAGUAAGGGGAAAUGUGUGUGCGCAGCUGUCCCAGAAGCCAGAACAGCAAGAGGGAUCGCUGCUUUCACUGCGCAGCGAUCCCUCUUUCUGUUCUGGCUUCUGGGAUUCAGAAUAUUUUUUUUCUUGUUUUCCUCCUCCAAAAACUGGGCGCGUCUUAUGGUCUGGUGCGUCUUAUAGAGCAAAAAAUAUGGUAAUUGAUGACUGAACACUAGAGGCUUUUAAGACCUGAUGACUUCUCACUUUUGUGGCUGUUUUGAGAUGCUCUUCUCCCCUGAAAUAAUUCUAGAUACCUGUGGAAAUUAACAUUUUCCAGACAUACUGCUAAAUGUUCUUCCAAUAAACCAGGCACUGUUCAUUAGCACUAGUUGUGUAGCAUCUUUAAGUUCAUAGAGUGACAGUGUCUGAACCCACCAUGCAGCUGUGACUAACUUGGCAAUUGUUCUCCAUUCUCCAACAGGGCACAACCAAACAAACGUACACAAAUCCUCCAGUGGUAGACAACGAGUUACUGCGGUUGAGUCUACGGUUGUUUAAACGCAAGACUGUUCGCCAAGUUUCUGGACAAGAAAAGACAGAGGACACUAAGCUUCCACAACCGUAUAUCCCAGAAAUCUGCAUGUCCUGAGCUGGUCGGUGUCUCUGGCCUUUUCACUGUUUGAUAAUAGUUGAUGUUUCCAUCUUUAUUCCUGUGAAGAAGUAUGUUUGUGCUAGAAGAGGAAAACACUUUCCAUACGUACAGUGUGCAUUAUGAGAUGGGAUAACAAAGAAGGUUGUUUGUACAACAGUUCGAAGACCUUUCUGUUUGGUUCACUGCAUGUUUUUAGUACAUCUAACAACAGAUCUUAUUUAAGAACUCACUUGUAUUUAAGUGUGUGAAGAUGUCCAUUUUUGGAGACUUGUUUUGUCACCUGCUAUUAAAUUUUUAAGAAAAAACGAGAUUUUUUAAAAAGGCUUGUGUACAAAGUUUCUUCUGCAAAAUUUUCUUAUCAAUGAGGUUUUUUACAUUUAGUGCAAAGCUCGUUUAGUCUGUGGCAUUCAUGUCAAAAAUACAACCACAUAAAGUCUUGUUUUCUCAAUGUG